GUUUUGUUUUCAUCCUUACAGCUGGAUUUGAGGCUCCAGGUUGAGUUCAUUUAUGGGUUGCUGGUAGGACGAAGGACAGGUGAUCACGAUGGCUGUGGCUUUGGACGCAGUGUGGGUGAGGGUAAAGAAUGUCUGCAAACAGAAUGGGCUCCUCAUCAUGUCGGUGAUGGCCGUGGUCAUUGGGUGUCUUUUGGGAUUCUUUCUAAGGACACGACGUCUAACAGAACAGGUGAGUCUAUCACAUCUUUGUGACACCAUUCAAGCAGAAAAUCUCAAGCACUUACAUAUGUAGCAACACAAGUGACUCCUCAUGUUGUUCCUUCUGAUUUCUAUAUAAUCCCCAAAGUUUCACACAUAUCCUCGAUCAGAUACUCUACUUUCUAAUUUCAUUUGUAUUUCAGCUGUGAGCCCUCUUGCUCUCCCUUCAUCUCUUCAUGAACUAUCAGUAUGUGAAUACUAUGCACAUUUUCAAGCACAAUCAGUUUUAUUCUUCCCUCAUGUUCUCUUUUUCCAUCUCAGAAUGGUGGUUGAAGAGUUAAGAGUUCUCUCUUAACUCUUCAACCCUUUACAUGUAAUGGCCAACAAGAGCAAGCAGACUGCAACAGCCCCAGAAUUUUACAAUUAAGAGAAAAAGUCCCAUAAUUCACAAACAGACCCUACUCAUGAAUUCUAAAAAGUCCAAAUAUGAUCCAAGUGGUUUUCUGUAAAGGCAACAAUACAUUUUCAUCAAAUUUCUCUGCAAAUGAAAAAGUAAAAUCAAUUCUUCAAGACACACAAACCCAGGAGCCAAUUCAACAGAAAAUACUUCAUCACCAUCAGAAUGACAUUGUCUCGUGGUCUCUGAGGUUGUGCUGCUCCAUCUGCGCUAAGACUGGAUACCAUGAACCGCACUGGGGUAUAAAGUCUGUGUGCUAGUUAGAGAUAAACUGCUGCAUCGUUUACUCAGUGAUCUAGUUUUCAGCAGCUACACUCGGCAGUUUCUUUUGAAAAGCUCUCAGUCUGUCUCUCCUGAUUCUGAAGUAGUAAUGGCUGGAACCACAGCAUUUUUCUGUUGCAUUUAAGUUCUGGGUUUGUGAGCUCCAAUUUGCAUCACAUAUGUAUUUGCUGCACAUUUGGUGUGAAUGGAUUUGAUUAUGCUGCAUUGUUGAUGGUCAUAGUUGGUAGUGGUGGCAGAAAAUGUGUUAAAAUACUUGUUUGCAUCAUAUAAACAGCGCCAAUGGGAAGUAUGAUGGUUCUCCUUUAUUAAACUCCUUAUAGCCUGGUAUCAUCAGUAGCACAGCAAAUGGGAAAAAUGUAAAUGCAUAAACACUGAAAAUGAGUGAGUCAACAACAUCAACUGAAAAGUGAUCAAAGAAGGUUUGCUAAGUGUAAGCACUUCUCAUUAUCCUUCAGAGUAGCAGCAAAGCAUUCUAUGCAGGUCCAAUAAAUGCUCUGUACCAUCUAUACGUACCGGGUCAAAAUAGAAGUCUAUCCAUUUCAAACUCCUGUAAGCACCUUCUGAAAUCCACUGAAGUCACUGGUAGCUCUACAGCCACAAAAGCCAGUGAGACCAUGAUUAAAAGGAUUUUGUUUCUUUUUCACGGCUGCAACUGCUGCUGAAGAGGAAGUGCCAGAAGUGAUAAACUUCAGUUGGAUUUACUUUAAUUCACAUAAUCUGCCUGUCCCUUGCAUUUCCUUGAGGGAACCUUCCAGAGAGUAUCAAUAAGGUCUUUCCAAUCUAAUCUUAUUGUGGCGUGUGGUGUAUUCUGUGGACCCAGAAGCAGAGGCAGAUAGCAAAUUAAAAGAUGUAAUUUUAAUGUCCAAACUCAGGGGAAAAAGACACGAGGAAAGUCCGGUUUGCUGGCUGGCUGUUGUGUGGGCUGGAGACACUGUGGAGAAACAGAGGAGAUGGAAGUGAGAAGACAUACAAAAAUUCACAGGGAGCAAAAAGUCACAAGUACUUAUCCGAGAAGAAGGCCAGGAGAUGCGUCUGUACCACUCAGGAGUGAAGACAAUACUCAGGCGCUGAGACUGAGGGCUGCUGGCUUCUUAAAGGGCCUUGAUUGUAGAUGCAGUGCAGGUGUGGAGUCUCACUCAGCCUCAGCGACCGUGGAGGGGGAGGGUGCUCUGAAAUCAGUGGCGGCUGCUGGUCUUUCAAGGAGGGGAAGCUCAUUUUUCUGGCCUACAUCAUAAUUGUAUUUGUUUAUUAGUAUGUAACAGAACAGAGUCGCCAAACACAACGGCAGUCAUUUUUAACAAAGACAAGAGUCGCUGAGGAUCGGUAAAGUCUCCGGAGCAGUUAAGAACAACGGAAUGAAUAACUUGGAAAAUGCUCUGGUAGAUGUUUUAUUCUUCAAGAUCGCUGAUUCGCUUGUUUAGCUGUCAAUCAAAAAAGGAUUUCGCCUCAGACAGCUCAUCCAAUCAUGGAUGCAGAAGCUUGGAGUCCGGGAGAAAGUCGGGACCGCCCUCUCGCCAUAGAACUCCAGUGAAGCUGGGCUUCCGAUGGGCGGGACAAAGCCCAGCAUUUAUCCAAUGAGCGUCUAGUUUCGCUGCUUCCACAUUGAAGUCAGCAGAAGCCCAGCGUCCGGCUGUUUAAAGCGCUGAGGCGCUGCGAGGAUGAAUGAGAACGAAGUUAUGCCGGUUACCUGUGAUUAUCAGCUUCUUAUCACAGUGUCUGAACAAAAGAUGAAGGCUUUCUAGUGCGUAUUUAGUUAAUGAAAUGUACACACAGCAGUACGUAUUUCACCACUUUUUCUUUUUUUUGAGGGGUGACAUUUUAAGGGAAGCCGAGCUUCCCUUGCAGUCUUAGAGCAAUCGCCACUGUCUGAAAUAUAGUCAAGCCAGACCAAGGAAACAAAGAAAAAACAGGAAGUCCAACCAACAUAAAGCAAGCGGUGGAGGCAUCUCACCACACUAAUCUAAUCUAGUCUAAUCUAAUCUAAUCUAAAGAUGUAAAGAUAAGUCAUUUAUUUAAAAUACAGUGCAAAUCCCUGCUGGUUUGCUUAUUGGUGAACCAGCUAUCACAAAAUCAUCCUAUGCAGCCAAACUAGGGCAACACCAGCAAUGAAGCUGCAAUGACUUCACCCAUGACAAAUGUCAUUCUCAGAAUUUUGUAAUAUUGUGUAUCAGAAGACCUGACGGCUGCAGCUUUAGGACCAUAUCUGCUGGAUUCAAUUGGCAUGUGUCUGCAGCCCCCCAGGUCUGCAGACACAUGCCAAUUGAAUCCACAUACAGAUGCAUACUCUUGAUUUGGUGGACAAUUGAAGCUGAAAGAUUUCUGUUUUCAUUCUCUGUCCUUUCAUUUUUAACACUGCCCUGUUCCAAUACUGCAGCCAGAGUUGAAGCCCAAGUAUCUACCUGCAGGCUACAGCGGGAGGGUUUUAGACUUCAUCUUAUGAAAGUCCUGCAUGUAAAAAAAAAAAUCUGCAAAGAGUGAUGGGGUCAGGACCUGGAUGCUAAACACAAUGUUCUGCUACUCUCAGAGACAGCUUAAUACGAAAACUCUGCUGGUUGGCUCAGUACUGGAGAGUUUUGCACUUUGCUAACAUUGUGAGACCUUUUUGGCCUCAGAAGGGGGUCCACUGGUUUAUGUCUGAUGACAGGACAGGGCUGUCUUUGUGUUUAGUGUCAACAGAUGAAAUAAUCACUGCAAACAAAGAACUGUGUCAGUGUUCACGGGGUCUUAUUAAUAUUCUUUCAGGGUAGUUUGUUUAAAAAGUGGGUGAAAUGGAAACAACGUUUUUUCUCUCAUACGUUUUCCUUUAUAAACAGUGAUUACAGGAGUCACUGUUUAUGUGUCUUUUUUCAAGGUUGUUCUACAUAAGGACCACUGCAGAAGGAUGACAGUUUAACAUUUUUUUGUGCUGGGUUUGGGCGCUACCUUUUUUUUUUUUUUUUUUCAUAGAAUAUAAAAGUUAUAAUUUGCUGUGGAAUUUAUCAGCUAACAGAAGGAUAACUUUUGUUAAAAAGACUUGCAAUAAUUAUGUUCAAAGCUGUAUAUUUUUUAGGAAUGGCCACAGUAACUUCACUGACAGUACACAGUACAACUAACAGGUCUGAGCGAUGCAACUUUUCAACAUCUUAAUUAUGGUGAGCACAUUGUCAUAUCAUGGGAUGAGCAUUGUCAGUCACAUGCCUGAAUUUGUCAUGUUGUCACCACUUACUAAUUGUCCAGAAUGAAUGAAGAUAAAUGUCUACCUGAAAUCACUAACAUGCAAUUUCUCACUUGAAGACUGUGCAGGCGUUGUUUGUACCUUUGUGUCCGUGACUGCAGGAUGUAUAUAUGCAUCCAAGUCCAUCAAAUGCUUAUUGUCUAGUUGGAGUACACAUACAGUUGGUUAAACUAACAACCACUGUGUUCACAUCUUUACAUCAAGGUUAUAUCAAAUUAAGAAGAGUUACAGAGCAUCACAGAGUGGUUUAAAACACUUGCUUUGUCCACCCUGAAAAUGCUUUGGUUAAAUGUAUUCAGAUUUUGUGUCACUUCAGUCUGGUUGGUAGUGUGUCCCACAUUAGAGACCUUAUAUGGUAAAAACUGAAUGCCCAAGGGAGGUCUUAUAAUGUGCCUGUUCCCAGGUGUUCCUGUAACAAGUGAGUUGUUUGCAUUUGUCGGUACUGUGUAUAAUAUGUUGCUCCUCCUGUACUCCGUCCUCCCCCUCUUCUCUCCAAACAUCCACAUAAGAGGCUGCAUGAUACAGUGUAAGAGAGGUUGAAAGAAAAAAGUAGACAAGAAAUUCCUACUUAUAAAUGAGAUUAAGGUGUUUAUUGGCACUUGAAAUACUCUGCAUUAUCUGAUAUUGUUAAUCCCUGUAGUCUUUAUAUUAUAAUACAUUUUACAGAGCAGAAAGAUGGUUGCAGUAUUAGUAUUAUAUUAGUAUAAGUUUUUUUUUUUUUUUUUUUUUUUCCAAAUGGUGCAGCCUAGUGUCUUUAGUUGUAAAAUAGGUAUGUGCCUUAAAAAUCAGAGCUUAAUUUCUGCUGUUCACUGUCCAUUUUUUGCAUUCAACUUAUGUCUGAUGGGGCUCUAUUUUCGUGCCUGCCGUCAGUGUGGCAGAGGGUGGCGCACUCUGCACAAUGGUAUUUUCAUCCGAUGGAGCCUGGCGCACAGCCAGUUUGGUAUUUUCAUGGACUGAGGCGCACCAAGGUGCCAAGCUGGGCGUGGUGGCCCGGUAGGGAGAGGUGUCGACAAAUUCAGCUGGCACAGUGACAUUUUUUUGCUCGCUGGCAGCAUGGAAAGUGCGCUGAAAGCUUGCUGAUUCAAAUCUGGUCAGCUUUCAGCACAGGCAGAGCGCAGCUGGUCUAGUGGUAUUUUGGUAGACCGGCUUUGUAGUACGCAUACGUCACUGAUGCCUCACAGGCAGGUUUCCACAAUGUCAGGCACAUUUCAGUGCAAUAAAUAAUCAACAACAUUCUAAGUCAGCAGAUACAUUUAGAUCUAUAUUGAUGUAUUCUGAUCUGUAUCUUUUCUGAUGAGCACAUUUGGCAUGCGUUUGGACACUCAACUUGACCUGAUUAACACAUCUGAAACUGCAAUAAAUUAAAUAUCCAGUAAAUAGUCACACAUGAUGAAGUUAACAAGAUAUUUAAAUCAUCUCCCCCCUUAUUCUCCAUCUUCCUUGUGCAACUCGACCGGACAUGUCUGCGUGUCCUUGCCCUGCUGCUGCGGCGGCAAGGCUGACCCGAUGAUUUUAUUUAGUGAUCAGAUAAGUUAUUUACUUUAGAAAUUUGAACAAAAAAAUAAAAGAAACUUUCAUUCAAAAUUACCCGUUUAUCUGAUGUUCUCACAUGAGAAUGACAAUCCAGCAUUCAGUCGAUCAGUUUGUUUUUCAGUACCUGGACCCUCGCAGAAAGCCAGUGUAUAUCGAGUUAUCAAGAUGGCUGUGGAUGUCAGAUGAUGCUAGUACUUUCAUCAAUCACGAAAAGGAUUAGGGCAGGGGUCAUAAAAUCUCAUGUGAUCUAGAAUGAGAGGAUGUUAGUUGUCUAAGAGACAAGUUACCCUUAUUAGUUUUACAGAACACAGUUGUGUUGGACAUUUCCUUUUUCUGAAUGCAGCAUCAAGAAUGUAAUUGGCUCUAAUUGAUGUUUAAUGUGGCGAAGUCACAUCAGUGUUUCAAUGUAGGCAGACUAAAAUCAUGAACCUCAAGGCAAUCAUAUGUCACAGAGUGAGUACACUGCACCAUGAACAUCUCCAUAAACAAAAUGCUGCCUUUUUUCCAUCCACCUACCCACCCACCCACCCACCCAUCACCUCACUAAAGCUCUGCCAUAUCCUCAAAUAGGCCUAAAUAUAGCCAUAACGCCUCUACUCCUGCAUGAGGGGAUUACAAUCCAAUCAAACAAAUGCUUUUUCUCCAUGUGCAUCAAUGAGAGUGCCUGACAGGGUGAAGCCUGAUGAGGUGCACAAGAGGUUCAGUCCUUUGUGUUUGCAAAUGAUUUAUAGAGGCACAAAUCUGCUAUUGUUCGAGGGUCAGGGGCGGACAGACUUGGGGACUAUAAGGAUAGAGGUAGAGAAUAAAGAACAAUGCAUCAUGUAGUUCACCAGACCUACCACAGGGGGAAAAAUCACCAAAGUACAAAGAGCUUAACACACAUCGGCUAGCUAAAGACUUGGUGGGGUUUUUUUUCUGUCAACUUACUUUUGUGGCUCUAAUUUUGUCAGCUCUCAUUUUUUUUUGUAUUUCCUAUAUAUAAACUACUUGAUUGAUUUGAUUUCUGAUUAAAAUCAGCAAUUGAAACAAAUCAUUAGCUAGACUCAUCCUUAAAAAGAAUUUUUUUUUUUUUUUUUGGAGUGGGGUUGUUCAGGUUGUUGCCAUAAGUUAGUGCACUAUUUACCAGGGAUGUCCUGAUACUAUAUUGAUAUCAGAUAGUGUUCCGAUAUCAGCAAAAAAAACCGAAUAUCAGAUAAUAUCGGCCUGCAUCUAAAAUCUCCAAUAUCAACCCUCCUAUUCAAGCAGUCAGUUCCAGACUCCGCUCCAGCACCUCUAUCUAACAGCGCCUCUAUCUAUCCAGCAUGCAGUGCCAACCUGAUCACAACAACAGUGUGUACUAAGGUGCAAUAAAAUAGCAAGGAGUAGGAGUGAUGCCGCCCAUGUGGCAGUUUAUUUUGUUUAAGUCUGAAAAAGACAUUGCAGAUGAGUGCAAAACAUGUCAUGCACAAGUUUGUGCAAAUAUCGGAUCAAUAUCAGUAACGGCCAAUAUUGACGGCUACAAUAUCGGUAUCGUAUCGGAAGUAAAAAAGUUUUAUCGGGACACCCCAACUAUUUACAGUGAAUAACAAUAUUAUGUUUGGCUGAGCUGGUAAGAGCUCCUCAAAGGAGCCAAGCUUUACAUUUAGAGUCUGACAUUAAAAACGCAACUUAGUUUUCGAUGUCCACUAUAUUACCUCUUUAGUGUGAGGGUAGGACGCCUUCUUUUGGGUUCAUAUUUCCAUCAGUACAGGGUAGCACACAGUGCUGGUGCAGACAACAGGUGUCUCUGCAUGUGUAGGUGAUUUUAAAUAGGUAAGAGUUUACAGAGAGAGAACCCAGCUGCUCUGCCCCUGAUAACUGACGGCCUUUAUUAGUAUUAGCACAGUGCAAAUGUGUGCAGACACAAACAGCUGUUUAAGCUGACUGACAGCUGAUCCCACUGUGAUCAUCUGCAGGCGUCAUCAGAAACAGAUGUCACUUCUUGUGACACUGAAGUAAAAAAGAGACAUCUCAUCUCUCUAAAAGCACAUCACCACAUUUCUUUUCUUACACAGUUACUCGAGUUUUUAUCCCUGCAGAUGCAAGUAAGAAAAAUUUGGUUACGUUUACAAAGAGCUGAGCUAUACCAGUUGCAUUUCAACAUGGGCUGUUUUUUUAUUUUAUUAAUACAUUUAAAAUUAUUCAAGAAGUUUAGAGGCUUGUAAAGUAAAAUUUCUUCAACAGUCUUAAAAAACGUUUUUUAAAAAAGUUACAAAAUUACCAGGUCACAGGGUUCCCCUUGAAGAAAGUGCACAACCUCAAACUCUGAGUUACACUUGAAUAAUGAGAGCUACACGAUCACAUUUUUUAAAUUCCUAAAAAUGCUCAUUUCAAGCAGACCUCUCUAAAAUUGAUAUACAUCUUGUCCUUUUACAGUCAGAUUACAUUUUUUAAUGCUUUUCAGCUCUGUUCCUCAUGAUUGAGACACCUGAACGGAGAAAUUAAGGCACCAUGAAAUCACUGCAUCUUAUUUUUGAAGUAGUGAUGAGAGAAAUGCAUGUACUCUGAUGCUUCAAAUGAAAUUCUAAAAAAUAUUUUUUUUUUCUGUUUGAAUGGAAAACUUUAGAUAUGCUCUUUAGGGGGAGAAAAGUAACAGAGUGUUCUUUCAAAGUGCUUGUAAUGAUAAUAGGCAAUCCUUGCACUGAAUUUGGAUCAAGAGGCAGGAAAGGAACAAGGAGCUGUGGAGAAGCUUGAUCAAAAUUUGCCCAUAUGAAAAGUUUUGAGAUUGGCAGAACUAACCUUUUUCUGUGUACACACACACACACACACACACAUAUAUAUAUAUAUAGCUUUUGCCCACUCAUACCAAAGGGUGGCAGCUUUAUGUCAUUUUGGAUGGAGACACUGCCUCAUCACAGCAGUUGUAUUAAAGCAGAGGAGGGCAUAUGAGGGCUUCUUAUUAGAAAGCAUAAAUGUGUUGAUGACUAGAUUCACAUAUACAAUCCCUGCAUAAUCAAUGCCAUCCCACACUAUUACCCAAUGAUGUGAAAGUGUUCCAGGCGCAGCAGAGACUCAUUUUUGUCACUAUUCAUCGGGUCAAAUUAGUGCAUGAUACUGUUAUCCUUGUGUAACCUUCAUGAAUGCAAGUCGAAUCAGCUCCUUGUCCAUGCUGUUAUCAAUAUAUCCUCCUUUUCAGCAGUGAGGUGUUGCCAGCACUCGACUGGAGCUGUAACAUACACCAUCAGCCUCCAUUAUUUGGUCUGCUGCACGCCUUAACCUGUCGCUGAUGUAAUCCAGUUGCACAGACAGUUGCAGUUUCCUUAUGCGCUCUCACUUUGGUUACACCCUUCUGUUUGCACAGACACACAAUCCUAAUAAAAUGAGGUCUUUUGAUAAUUGUGUGAGUAAACUGAUACAAUUUUUUGCUUUCUUGUUGAUCAAAAGAGACAACUUAUGUGGAAGUUAAGAAAGUAGAGACAAGAUUAGGACACCAUGUUAGGACUUAAUUAUCACAGAUAUAUAUAGGCACUGUGAGGAACAUUCAUGCUGUGUUGUAAUGGACUGAUUCAUGGCUGAAUAAAAUUAUUAACUGUGAUAUAAUAAACAAAGUGAAGAGUAAGCGGUUACAAAGGUGACCAGACAAACCAGUUUAACAUAACCCAUAACAACCCGAAUAUCAUAAUUUCAGUUCCUGUUUAUAUCAGAACAACAUUAACGGGGUUAUGGUUGAAUUUCUUUUGGUUCUCAAAGAGCCAUGAAGUACAGAAGUCUGUUGCGUUAACUGACAGGAAUUAAACAAAUAAAAAAUAAAAAAAACAUCUGAAUGGAUCUUGUUAAUUUGUCUUGGUUAUUUUCAUUUGCAGUUCAAAAAUAAAAAAAUGAGUUGAAAAAGGAGACAUAGAAAAAUGCAGGAAAUGCACCAGUGAAACUACCAGAUGUGGAAGAUGGACCCAGAUAUUGACUAUUCAUUCCAGAGCUCAGCUGAUAACUUGUGAGUUUAACCAGUGGUUUUUGCUUUAUCUUGGAUUUGUAGAGGCUUUUUGUCAGUUUGCUUAAUAUCCUACAAUGGAGCUUAUUGCUAUCCUGAGCAGAUGCAGCACUUUUCUUGUAAAUAUAGAAAUAUUCAGAGAAAUAAUGUCAUAACAGAACUAUUGUAUUCAUGCAUUUUUUAUUCUCUGGGUCCAGUCCCCACCUGUAACAGUGUUUUUGCAGUGCAGUAUGAGAAGUGUGAGUCUGUCAGAGGUUUGGUACACAGAUUAUAUAACCAGCAGCAUCAGCAUUAGUGUCCUGACCUCUGUGAGAGAUCCACUGUUUUACUAGUGAUAAACAAAGUUUUUCAAAGCCAAGGAUCUUGCUCUUACUUACACAAAUUAGAUGCACCAAUGCCCGAUUCAACACACUUGGGGGUAACUGCCACAGCCUCAAUGAAUCUAACACAAGCAGAGAUAGUUAACAGAGAUAUAGAGAUACAUAACAGAGAUAGUUUUUUUUUUUUUUUAACUUUUAGACCCUGUCUAAAAUAGCCAUUAUUCUUUUAACUGUCACAUGUGGUCACAAUACCUGAGAUCUAGAAAAAGCACACUUAUAAAGAGUCAGAUUAUUAAGGUUCAUGCUGUAAACUGUGACAGCAUGUUUACUUUAAAAUGUGGAUACUUGUUUCUCUUCUGUGUUUCCAGUGAGCUUGAAAUACUUUGACUGUGAUGUGCAGCUUCUCUAAGUAACAAUCACAGCAUAAUAAAGAUCUGUGAAAAUAUAAAGUCAGUGGCAGAAGUGAGGAAGAGAGAUAAAGUUCACAUAAACCACAGACCAGCGAGGAGAAGGUGAGCAGAGGAAAGACAGACCCUCUGUGCUGCCUGUAUGAGUGCUGAUCCUGCUCUUAUAUGGCAAACUAAGCUCUCUCCGCUUAAUGCCCAGCAGAAAAGCUCUUUAGCCGUCAUUAUGCACCCGCUUCAAUCCACCGUCCUCCCAUAUCUGCUGAUCUCCACAACCUCAUACUCACUUCCAUCUAUACAAUGCACAGUUUGUUUAUGUUGGUUAAUCAGCAGAGAGAUGGUGCUCUGGUGUGUCAACUCAACUGCUAUAAAGCAUCCCCUCCUUACACCUGCCACCUAAAUGAAACAUGACAAAGUUUUUUAAGAGUCCAAGCUUUUUUCAUGGAUCGGGCUAUUAGCCUGGGUUUCAUUCUGUAGCAUCUGUGCAGCCUUGAUGACAGAUGGCACCCAGCCAUUUCUCUCUCCUGCGAGAGACUUUUUAACCCAUUUUAACCGGUUUUAAACAACUUUUAAGAGUGCAUUUUAAGAUUUUGCUGGCUUUUAAGUUGAACUUUUACCGUGUAUGGGUUUUUAUUUUAUUUUAUUUUAUCUGUUAUAGCGGAGAAAAAGAGUGCAGGUUCCCGCAAGCCGUCGUUUUUAUUCGGUUUUAAAAUGUUCUGAUUGCUUUUAACAUUAUGUUCCUUGAGCAAAGGAUUAUUUUUAUCUUUUUGCUUUUACCGGAUAAAAGGUUUUAGUCAUCAGACUCUGGGAUUUUAUGCACUCUUGCUGAGUUAGCUACAUGGCACCCAUGGAGGCUACCGCCAUAGACGCUUCCUUACCUGCUGAAGUUGGUCAACAACUUAAAAGAGCCCAGCGAAAGAUCGCCGAUCUUCUGGAGGACAUUGGUCGACUCUCAGACGAGCUGCAGAGGAAGGACUCACUCCUGGCCAUUUUUAAAUCUCGGCUCCCGGCGUUGUCCAGCUGGCUGGAGAGCACACAGAAAAAAAGAAACAUUGCGAGUUUACAACUGUUGCAAAACUCUGCAGCACGUGUGCUGACGAGGACCAGACGGCGGGCACAUAUUACACUGGUUUUAAAAUCACUGCAUUGGCUCCCUGUGUGCUUUAGGAUUGAUUUUAAGGUCCUUUUAAUGGUUUUUAAAUGUCUUAGGGGUCUUGGACCUUCUUAUCUUUCAGAAUUGCUUUUACAAUAUGAACCCUCGCGGACCCUGAGAUCCUCUGGCACUAGCUUUUUAAUAGUCCCCAAAGUGAGAACACGAACUUACGGUGAGGCAUCUUUCCAGCACUAUGGCCCCCGUCUUUGGAAUAGCCUGCUGGAGGACCUUAGAGCCGCAGAGAAUGUUCAUAUUUUUAAGAGCAGGCUCAAGACCCACCUAUUUAAUUUGGCUUUUAACUAAUGUCUUAUUUUUGAUCUAUAUUUUUGUCCUAUUUCUAUCUUAUUUUAGUUCAUUUAUAUAUUUUAGUCCUCAUUUUACAUGUUAUGUUUAUUAUAUUUAUGUACUUAUUUUUUAGAUGGUAUUUUAGCUAUUUAUCAGUAUUUUAUCAUUUUAUCUAGUUUGAUGUUUUUAGCUGAUUUAGUCUAUGUUUUUAUCGCAAUUCUCCAGUGUUUCCUCAGUAGGGGGACCACCUGCACUGAAGGCUGUGACUGGCUCUGUCUAGGGUUUCUCUGCCUCGUGGUGUGCACUCAGCUCGGCCAGGUGGUGGUCUGCAGCAGUGCUUGCUGCUGUGGGCCCCUUACUGGCUUGUAGCGGGGUGCGCACCCGGGUGGAGGUGUCCUGGCCCUGGGCCGUGAGCAGCCUCCAGUGCAGCUGGCCUCCUGACGUUUCCUGACUUGGCUCCUCUGUACUUAGCCACACGCUUUUAAGAUUGCAUUAUCUGUGUGUGUGUGUGUGUGUGUGUGUGUGUGUGUGUGUGUGUGUGUGUGUGUGUGUGUGGGGUGGGCUCUCGGUGAGGGUUGGGGGGGGGGUGGCAGGCUGGAUAUGGGGGGGCUCAUUGUUUUAAAUUGUAAAGCACUUUGUGCUACAUUUCUUUUUGCCUGAAAAGUGCUAUAUAAAUAAAGUUUGAUUUGAUUUGAUUUGACAGUUGCAGGCUGUUCAGUUACGCUUUAAAAAAACUUCCUGUUUUCCAGUACAAUCUCCCAGCUGUCGACAAGAGGAUAACUGUUUUAAGCAGCACAUCCCCAACACGAGGGCCACUUAAAUGUAAACAAAAUACUGAGCAGAUUUUUGAGGGACACCUGUUGCACUCAUUUUUACCCUUCAUAAUGAUUUGCAGGCCAAUAAGAGGCAACGUACUUGUGCUAUUCAAUUUUGAGCUCAAAGUGCUGUGUGCAAACACUGGAACAGGAACCAAACACUUACACCAAUAAAUCAUAUACUAUGGACAACUUGGCUCCGCCUUCGUCAUUAUACGAAUUUGAAGCCAAAUUGCUCUUGGUAUUACCGGGAUUUUCUUCACUUGCUGGAACCACCACUUGCGCAGUAGCAUUGUACGUAUUUGGUGGGAGAGUUGCUGUGAUGAGGUUCGGUUCAACCAGCGUAUCCCCUGGGUGAAUCUCUACGCAAUCUUCGUACGCCUAUAGGCUGUAUCAAGUGUCAAUCAUAGAAAGGAUGACCCCCCCGAUAACUUUUAAAAAUGAAGCUGCACAGAAAAAAGAGGACCUGAGCACAAACCAGUCUUACAGCAACUUCAUGUCAACAUCACAACCCGCGGGGAGGGAAAUUCAUAAACUGUGUAAUUAAUUUCUAAAGUUUGUCCACAGCUCCAUAGGGAUUGCUGGGGGAGGCGGGAUUUAUGACCUAUACUGCAGCCCAUCACCAGAUGGUGCUGCUCUCACGGCGGCUUUAGCCAGUGAGGAGGCAGAUGGUGUCCAUUCUAUAUACAGUCUAUGCCUAUACCAGUUUCAAUCUGAUUGAGUUGUAUACAUGGAAGAUAAAAUCAAUCCCAUACCACAUUAUCGAUAUAGUGCGAUAUCAGUUGGACUCGUGCAUUUAUGUGUUUUUUUUUUUUUUUAAGUAGACCAGAUCUCACAAGGAUUGAAAAAAGCUGUUCAGAGAGGUUCAGGAAUUCACAGUCAUCCCUGUGUCUUAUGUUUUGAUCACUUUGCUCAGGUUUAGUAAGGCCAAACUAAAUCCUAAAAUCUUACACCUUUGUAUUGGAGGUUCAGUAAAUUGGGUCUCCUUUAGCUGAUUUUGAAAAAAAAAGUGUUUGUUGAUGCUUCCUUAAGGUAGAAUCAGAUGAUUAAUGACAAGAUUGGUUAGGUUUUAUUUGAUACUACUUUUAGUGCUUGUAUUUGGGUUGGAUUACACUCUUAAGGCCCCCUGUGUGGAGUUUGUUGAUGUUAAAGAAACGUUUACGAUACUGGAGCAAGAUGAACAAAAAAGAUGGUAGAAGUAUUUUUUAGACAAAGAAACUCCAUAAAAAGGGAUUAACCAGGUAAUUAUUGGCAUUGCACUCUGCACCUUUUAUGUCAUUAUCUGUUGUCUUUAGUUUUCCACAGUAAAUCAGCCCCAUUUAUGCCAAAGCUAUGGACCACCAUAACUACCAGAACAGCCUCAAAGCACCAGAGGCAUUGAUUCCUAAUGUCAGAACACUCUACCAAAAAGAGGAGCACAGUACUUCAGAUUUGCCCUCAUUUGAUGUUUGAUGAUAUUCUUGGAGAGUACUUUCUACAACUUUGUGCUGAGACAUGCUACAAGCUGUGUCUAACUUCAAAUCACUGAAAAGGCAGACAAAAUGAAGUGCUUCAGGAAGAGGCUGAAAAGGGCUGAAAUGAAGGUUUCACAGAUACCAGCUUAAUUUGAGUUUUUUCAGACGCUAAUUAUGCUGAGCUACUCUAUCCCAGGUAUCCCAAACCACCAUAUGAAAGGUAAAAAUGAGUUGUAUAGGUAUUCCUGAAGCACAAAUAUCAAUUUCCAUUUACAUUAUGAUUGUUCAGCUACUGUAUGUGUGUAAAUGAAGUGUAAAAUUAUAUCAUUGUCUUACAUUAAAAAAAAUAUUUAGAGGCAGUUCUACAGCAUGUAAAAGACUUGAAAGUGGAUUGAUGGGGCAGAGUCAUGUCACUUUCUGGCAUGGUAGAAACAGAGCAUGACAGGAGUAAAGCCGAAAACAUACAGGAUCCGUAUAGAGCGUGUUUUGUCAGUGUUGCAUCUCUGCUUCGUCGGGCAGCGGUGUCUAUCGCCCACAGGAUGUGUAUUUGGAGAGUAGCAGCAGUGUAGCGUAGCCCCGGUCAAUAACAUACUCAAUACAGGUUGUUUUGCUUUUCUGUUGUCUAUUUCCUGCUACUUUGGGUAUAAUUCAGUGAUUGUUGAGGUUUUACUGUAUGUGAAAAAGCAACAUGAUUUUAAAGUUCCGGUUUUUGCAGGUUGACUGGUGUUUAAUAAAGUAAACUAUGUUCCUUUAUGAUGUUUUAUUUUGAAACUUACCGGAUGCACGGUUUUUGUGCUUGACAUCCUGUCUAGAACGAUCUUCUCUGUGUAGAUUGACGCCUGUUGGAAGUAUAGAGCAGCAAAAAUAGAUUCGGCACGUAUCUUCAGCAGUGCCGCACUCGAUACACAUCUGAUACAGAGCUGUGUCCAACCUGCAUGCAAUGCUGCAUUGAUAAGAAUGGCAACCUAUUUGCUGCGUGACACGUGACACACGGAUCCUGUAUGUUUUAGUCUUAAGACAGAACAGCACCAUCAUUUGUGCCAUUUUAUUUUGCAAUCCUAAGGAACACUAAAACAGAUCAAUGUGAUGUUGUGGUUCUGUGUUUAAGUAGGGAGGGCUAUGUCUGCAAAAGGAUUCCACUGAAUAAAAGAGACAGCCAAUCACUUCAAGUCAGCUUUUCUAUCAUUUUUAAAGCAGUAUGUUUUUCUUUGAAUUGUGCUGACUUGAAUGGACAUUGUCCUUAUAUCAACACCAAAACUUUGCAUUGGAUUUAAGGUCAUGGUGACAUUCACUGUUUUAAAGGCAGCAAAGAGAGAUCAGGGAGACAUGCAGGGAAGAUCACUUUUCUUUAAACGUCCAGCCUAUCUCUGCAACCAGGCACUUGCGGUCACUGCUCUUCUGGAUUUGGUCUAAAUUUAACCACAUCUGCUGUAUUAUGUUUCCUAUUCAGUUAUAAAAUGGAUGCAGAUGUGUCAUAUCAGAUAACUUCCUAUUUGUGUUCCCCCAUCUCUUAUCUAUUGUGUGGUCUGUCUGGUUUGUUAUGAUUGAUUCAGAGCGAGGACUCAAACCAGCGACAGCUGCAACAAGGACUAUAGCCUCCACACAUGAGGAUGCUUAAACUACGAGGCUAUCACAUCCCAGGAGGCUCUAUUGCUCUCAUUUGUUCUCACAGAAGUUCAACUGCUUAGAUCUCUCUGCAGUCACUUCUAAAAACACUGGAACAGUAUCAUUAUUUUCAAUUUCUCAUUGAACACUUCUUUUAUAACUUGAACUUCAAAUUAUACUCUACAAAAGACGUGAAAAGUGAACCAAACAGUCACAUCAUGAUUAAAGGAAAUAUUCUUAUAUUAUAAUUAUAGAAAAAUGGAAAUUUACUGUCAGUAAAAUUGAGAAAAAGCCAACAAAACUAAACAAAACAAAAUAAAAACAAUAUGUUUGUUCAUAAUAUUACAGGUCCAUAAAUUUUAUGAACAAACAAAAGUAACUUGCAUGUCAUCAGACAAGAAUUAAGAUUUGAACCAAACUGAGCCUACACACCCUCUUCUUAUCUCUUUAUAACAGACUUUCAUGUGGUGUAUUCAGUCACUGUGUAAGGCAGCUAUCAACAGGAUCUCCAUCUCCACAUGAACUGUUGACAAAUGUGUCAGUAGUAGUUAGACUUUAGCGUGCUGGAUACUUCAACACUGAUUCCUGUUGCAGAUACCCUAAACCUCGCUGUGACCAUGGAGAUGACUUUAGAGAAAAGAAGCUUUUUCAAGCUCUUGAUUCGUGGCCAAGUUCAUUUUGACAGACUGGGAUAUGAGGCAAGGCUGGAUGUAACAGCCUGGCUGAUGAUGAACAGCUGUCCCCUGUUGCUCUGGAUGGAGGCCAGAGUUAAACCCAGUGACCACAGAAACAAACACAGAAAGCCUGUGAGAUCUGCAGACUUCUGCCAAAAUACUACCAAAAACACCGGGCCUUUGAGACGGUUUGCCAGAGUUUAUUUUUGUUGUUGUUCAUUCAUACUUUGAUAAGAGGGUUAUGCUGGUUAUUUAUGGACUUAAUGGACUUUUAACAUGGUUGUUAAGAUGCUGCAUUAGGGCCACGUUUUGUUUCAUUCUGCUAUAUGAAGCUUUCAGGCUUUAUAAGCAACCACACAUGUACAUACAGAAAACCUGGUGUUUAAGUCAAGCACUAAGUGCAUUUCAGUGGCAGAUAAUUACUUCCAAGUGAUUUUUUGUAACCUGUAAACUCUGGUUUUGCUUUUUCUUCUGAGUAAAAUCCAUCCUUUCUUCUGAUGCUCUGUUUUUGAAAAAAUGACAUAAAUUAUUAAUACAGGGUGACAACGUCUGAGCUGCAUAAAGACCUAGAGGGGAGGCACUUAAUGCUGAACUUCAAUUAUAGUGAAAAUAUAGGAUCUUAAGAUUACCAUAAAACAAUAAAAAUUGAAGAGCGGUAAACACCUGUUUGGAUCAUUCCAUGGGUGAACAGGUUUAUUGGAAACAGGUGAGAGUCAUGAUUGGGUGUAAAAGGACCCAAAGGGAUUAAUGGACCAAAGGUCCAAUGGUGUUGGAUGGCUCAUCUCGCUUUGCUGCAGGACAGAAAGAUUCAGAAGAUAUGCUUUUUAUUUUCUAUUUAUUCUGGUCUGCAUCAGUGAUCUCUUCUUCUGAUAAAUCUACAGAAACGUCAUGAAAAAACAACAACAACAGAAAUACAUCACAGGAAUAAUAAUUGAAUAGAUUUAUUAUAGACUGAUCAAAACAAAGGUAGGCUGUAAUGAAAGCUUAUUCCACCUACCAUUUUAAAUAACAUGCAGGAUUACAAUCCUCUCCUACUCAUGCAAGUACACUAUGUGUAAGCAUUUUUUGAUACACAAAUUGAAUUUGAGGUAAUUAAUUCCUCAUCACAACUGCUCUGAAAUUUGACCCCUUUAAGAGAGAAACAUGAAGAUUUCUUUGGAAAUCAGUCUAUACAAAUGAUUUAUUUGAGUCUAUUACUCUCUCUGUGGUUUGGGGCAAAUAGGGAUACAGUCACAUUAUAGGAAACAAAUAAUCAGAAAUUAUUCACAAGUAGUCAAAGCAGUGAGUCCAAAUUGAAUUUUCCAUAUUAUAAAACUUAGACUAGACUUUCAUGAUCCUUUUCCUGGCAGUAGGCAAAUCUUUGUGCGAAAAUCAAGGCCUGGAUCUGCAUGUUAUUGGGGAUUUUAAGAGCUAAUAACAUUGAUAACAUUGAAGUGUAAAGUAUUUGUCACUUGUCAGCAGGUGUGUGUCCUGACUGUAUCUGUAUUUUUGUAUUGUUUAGAGGUACUAUGUUCAAGUUUGAACAUUACAAAUUAAGACAGUAGAUGGGAAACACAUAAGUUUUCAAUGCUUGACUCUGGAAGGACUGUUAAAGAUCAUUGUCCAAAGUCACAAGGUUUAGGUACUUCAAAUAUAUUUUAUGAAUAUGAAUCUUUGAUUUUCUAUUAACCUGUCUCAUGAACAGAUCUUUAAAGUUAUUUGGGACAAUCCACAGGAAAGUAAAUGUGCUAAAUUUAAAUGCAAAGAAAACCACUAUCAGCCUCUUACAACAAAGUUUCCAGUUUUGUUCCUUUGCAUGUGUUCUGCCUCCACCAAGGUAAAUGGGUUGUCUGUCUAUUGACCUAUUAAAACAGAAAACUGAACAAUAAAUGUGUUUUUUACUGUAAGUAUUCUGUGGAGUGUCUGACCAGAAUGAACGUUUUGAAGAUCAGUGAUUAUUUGAUGCUGCACACUCCGAAAGAAAGUGGUUAUUUGGCUUCAGAGUUAACGAUUGAAUAUUCUUUUGUAUGCAACAAGACUGAAAGACAAUGCAAUGCCAUGCAAUUUCCAGCACAGUGAACGGUACUUCAUAUUCUCAAAUGAUGUUCUGAGAAUCAUCUCCUGUUGUUGCACAGUGUAAGUGGCCACUGAGGUUGUGCAAUACCAUCUUGAAUCUACCUAGAGGACUUACAUUUAUAUUUUCACAUUAAUUGGCUGAUGAGAACUCUGGUGGCAGGUGCAGUCAAGCAUGCAAACUGGGAUUGGAGUGCAAUCAAUCAUAUCACUAUUAAUGAGACUUUAUGCCUGAUAUCCUGCAGCCUAUAUGAAGAGUGAUCAAAGCAUGUGAAAAUGAUGGACUGCAUUUAAAUAUAUAUAUAUGUGUGUGUGUGUGUGUGUGUGUGUGUGUGUGUGUGUGUUUGCGUUUGUAUGCGAUUGUGUAAUCUUCAGCUCAUCCUUUUUGUAGCACGUGGCAGGGUUAUGUGUCUCAGGGUAAGAUUCUCUUCUACACUGUGUUGAAUUUGGAAUUAAAAUAGCAAUCUUCUCCCAGCAGAGUUUGACAAUACCUUUUGGCUUGUUUAUUGAAGUUAAUGGAUGCUUCUAAGGAUGCUCUUAGAAAUUCAUUUUUAGCACAGAGUGAACACAAAGAGAUGUCUGUACCAGUAUGGACCAGAGGAAAAAUUAAGCAGCAGUACUUUGAGAGUGCAGUUUGGUAUUUAAAGCUGUGGUAGGCAGCAUCUCAUAAGUGCCAGUUUUUGGGAGAAAUUUUGAAUGUAAACACUACCCCCUCCCCACCAGUUUUCGCCUCAGCUCCUCCUUUCCCCUCCCUCCCUGCUCCAGCAAGCCCCACCCACAAACAGGCGCUCGUGCUUGUUCCGACUCCCUGGCAAUUUACAACCAGACUAGUAAAAUAUCAUUAUGAUUACCAAUCACAUCAGCAAAGGCUUGAAAAACUUUUGUCACAACAGAGUCGGCAGUAGUAAUGGUGCAUAGAAGAUGACACAUAAGAUAAAAUAUAACAUAAAUUGAUUGGAAAAAUAAUAUCCAAACAAUAAGUCCUCUUGGUCAGGUGUACAUCAUGUAGGCCCUUUAUGGUGUACAAACUCCACGCUCUGGUCUUUCUGUUAUUCAGCUUGUGGUACCUGAAAUAAAGAGAGAAAAGUGUGGUAUGAAGAUAUUACUCUGUCUAAAAUAUUUGUUGUACUUUAUUAUUGUACUUAUUAUUUAUUUUAUCAGUUAACUGUCCAAGCAGCUUCACCAGUCAACAACACCACUAAGCAGGCUUUUUUAAAACAACAAUGGUGCCUGCAAUUAAAUUCAGAUAUAAUAAAGAUAUAUACUUUAGAUAAUUAGAAAAGGGGCCCAGUCAACAUGAAAGUAAAUAGUAUUGGUGCUACUGUAGAUGCCAACAGACUACCAUGCAGACACUGGCGACUGUAAGUGUGCAAUAUGACCAAAAUGUCGUGUCCUACAGCCUCUUCAAUACUGCAGCACCCCAUAAGAUGGCCGCUACGACCACUUACAAGCAGAGAAAAACUAACUUUAGCAUCAGGCUGAUGCAAGCUACAAAAGUAGCUAAGCCAGUGAACUUUACAUUUUUUGGGAAAAUAAAAAAAUCCACCAAAGUAGAACAAAUAAUUGUCCUUCCGAUGGUAACAAAGCAACUGCUCUGUCGUCUCCACCGCUCAAAGGCUGCCCCGAUGUUGACUCUGGUUUGUCCUCUUGGUUUAUCCAGAGCCUUCUUUGUCACAGCCCUUUCUGCCUCCAUCUUUCUGUUCUUUGGCUGUGUAGCUGAUCGAGCCGUCACGGGUACUGCUGGAACUUGUAUUUUAGGUUGCUUUUUCUGUGCCAUUGUAAAAUGGUCACAUAUUCUCCAGCAAACAAGGGCUGUGUCUGAAAUGGCAUACUACUCGUACUACUCAUACAAACCCCUCCCCCGAAUUGAGUAGGCAGUGCGUUCACACUGUACAGUAUGCAAAUUUCGCGUAUGCGAGAAAUGCCCAGAUUUUUACUCAAUUGGCUUUGAUUUCUAAGUAUGGAGCGGAGCUUGCUUCACGUACUGCUUCUGCCCCACAAUGGAUUGCACACUUCAGCAGGCAAUAUGGCUCUCUUUCCUGAGGCUGAAAAGAAACAGAUGGCAUGUGAUUGCAAUAAUAAUGAUAUAUAUAUAUAUAUAUACACUCACCGGCCACUUUAUUAGGUACACCAUGCUAGUAACGGGUUGUACCCCCUUUUGCCUUCAGAACUGCCUCAAUUCUUAGUGGCAUAGAUUCAACAAGGUGCUGGAAGCAUUCCUCAGAGAGCUUGGUCCAUAUUGACAUGAUGGCAUCACACAGUUGCCGCAGAUUUGUCGGCUGCACAUCCAUGAUGCGAAUCUCCCGUUCCACCACAUCCCAAAGAUGCUCUAUUGGAUUGAGAUCUGGUGACUGUGGAGGCCAUUUGAGUACAGUGAACUCAUUGUCAUGUUCAAGAAACCAGUCUGAGAUGAUUCCAGCUUUAUGACAUGGCGCAUUAUCCUGCUGAAAGUAGCCAUCAGAAGUUGGGUACCUUGUGGUCAUAAAGGGAUGGACAUGGUCAGCAACAAUACUCAGGUAGGCUGUGGCGCUGCAACGAUGCUCAAUUGGUACCAAGGGGCCCAAAGAGUGCCAAGAAAAUAUUCCCCACACCAUGACACCACCACCACCAGCCUGAACCGUUGAUACAAGGCAGGAUGGAUCCAUGCUUUCAUGUUGUUGACGCCAAAUUCUGACCCUACCAUCCGAAUGUCGCAGCAGAAAUCGAGACUCAUCAGACCAGGCAACGUUUUUCCAAUCUUCUAUUGUCCAAUUUCGAUGAGCUUGUGCAAAUUGUAGCCUCAGUUUCCUGUUCUUAGCUGAAAGGAGUGGCACCCGGUGUGGUCUUCUGCUGCUGUAGCCCAUCUGCCUCAAAGUUCGACGUACGUUCAGAGAUGCUCUUCUGCCUACCUUGGUUGUAACGGGUGGUUAUUUGAGUCACUGUUGCCUUUCUAUCAGCUCGAACCAGUCUGGCCAUUCUCCUCUGACCUCUGGCAUCAACAAGGCAUUUCCGCCCACAGAACUGCCGCUCGCUGGAUAUUUUUUCUUUUUCGGACCAUUCUCUGUAAACCCUAGAGAUGGUUGUGCGUGAAAAUCCCAGUAGAUCAGCAGUUUCUGAAAUACUCAGACCAGCCCUUCUGGCACCAACAACCAUGCCACGUUCAAAGUCACUCAAAUCACCUUUCUUCCCCAUACUGAUGCUCGGUUUGAACUGCAGGAGAUUGUCUUGACCAUGUCUACAUGCCUAAAUGCACUAAGUUGCCGCCAUGUGAUUGGCUGAUUAGAAAUUAAGUGUUAACGAGGAGUUGGACAGGUGUACCUAAUAAAGUGGCCGGUGAGUGUAUAUAUAGAUAGAUAGAUAGAUAGAUAGAUAGAUAGAUAGAUAGAUAGAUAGAUAGAUAGAUAUAUAGAUAGAUAAACAAUAUUUAGUCAGUAUACAUUACACAAUUUUUUAUCAUCUUAUCAAAUUUUUAUCUUUUUACCAGAUUUGUUUGUAUUUUAAAUUAGGAUUGUAGGUAAUGUUUUUAACUAUUCGUAUGAAUUGACUUUUUUUAUUGUCUAGUAAAGAUGUAUUUAUUACAAGUUUGAGCAUCUUCUCAUCUCUUAAUGCAUCAUCAAAGUUGUCACUCAUAUUAAGCACAGACCUCUGAUUAAUAAAAAUUAUUAUUGGUAGAGAGCACAUGGUUCAGAAUAUACAAACAGGGGAGUUUCCAGUUGACAAAGUAUAUGUGAGCUUUACUAAUUCUUACUUGUGGUUGAAAAUCCAUCAGGAAGUACAUUGCUGCCCUGAAGAAAAGACGCCUUUGUCUUCUUGCUCUAUGGUUUUCAGCCUACACUAGACAGAACUACCCAAUGGUUUCUGAAAUUAUCAUUGUACAUGAAAAUAAUGUAGUCGGGAAAUAAUGUAUUUGCCAAGAAACAACCGAACAAGGUCAUAAUAAUUAUGUUGUGUGUUGGUCAUUUUGCAGCCCUAUGCUGCUCAUCACAUGCCCAGCAGGUGGUGUAUAGCAUUAUCACCAUGGAUACACAGGUGUUUGUGUUUUUUUUUUCCUCCACUGCCGCUCGGUUUGUGUCGUGUAGUUGUUGAUUAUGAAAACACUUCGCAAUAAUUUGGAAACAUGAAGGGGGAGCUGCUGCUGCCCGGUGUUUACAGUACGUAGACGCAAACACCCACCGAGCCGACGGUCUCCGAAAACGCCGAGACAAAUUUACAAACAGCCGCUAUUUCAAACAACUGGGCUCAUUAUCGUGAUGUAAACACUUACUUUCUCACUAGAAAAAAUAUUAUUACUGAAUGAAUUUAUAUAAUUUGUCCGGAAUGCAGUCGUUUUGUGUAGCUUGUGGUAGGACUAUUUAAAUUUUCCCGGUGCUGUGUCCGGCCAGCACGAAAUGCAUUCUGGGGUAUUUAGUAUGCAUCUGUAUGUAAACGCUCGGGCAGCCGCGGCAUACUCAAAUCAUCAUCUUUGAGUAUUCAAUAUGCAGUAUGUACUGAUUGAGUAGGUAAAUAGACAGUAGGCAGUAUGCCAUUUUGGACACAGCCAAGGUAUUUCAGCAGAGAAGCCUGCUUGCUACCUGCGGCAACAGCAAAGCAAUGCGUGUGCCCGCAGGUGGGUUAGGGUGGAGUGGGGGGCAGAGGGGAGCUGGGUGGGUCCAGGGCAAGACUUGAAGGCAUCUGAUUGAUUCUUCACUUUCGGACCGAAUGCUAUGAUUGGUCUAAAUUUGUACAGUCCUGCGGCUUCCACAGAUCUCAGCGUCUUUUUAUUUCUCUUUCUGAAUACAUUAUGAGUUGACUACUCUCAGGGUGGGAGGACCGUUUCAACUACUGUAACAAAAAGUGUCUCCGAACAUCACUGCCUACCCUACCUUUAAGAUACAGAGGCAGUUAAUAUUUUACCUAUCUCACAGUUAGAGGUAGAAUCUGAAGAAGAACUUCUGCAAGACUUCUGUGUUUCCUCAAGGCUGCAAAUAAAACUUUUUAAAAGAUGAAAUGGCCUUUGUCAUUUCUUUACCGAGCUUAGUAAAAAUUGAUUAAUUAUAGAAUUAUUAUGGAGAAAUAGGACAAACUGCUGUCUUUUCUUCUCUGUGACAAUGACAUGAGUUUGCUCAUUUGCUUCUCUUGCAGUGUGCCAGACGUCCUCACAAUACCAUGUUCCUGCUCAUUAACUUUAAAAUACAGUCUGUUCUUGUUUGAUAGCCACCGUAUCCUCCUCUGUGUUAUGUAAGCUAGUGAAAUAAAAUGACAUUUGUAUGUGAUUCAUAGUUCCAUGAAUGACUCCAAUUUUCUAAACCCUUGGAAAACUUUGUAAAAUGUUGAUAUGGGUACAAUUUGAGGGUUUGUUAAUCUUUAAACCCAUUUAUUUCAUUAAUAACAGUGUAAAACAUUAUAUUCAAUGCGUACUGUUUGGGAAUCCCAGGAGACCAGUUUGUGUAUUUUUAAAGUGAAACGUUUUCCCAUUCUUGACUGAUUAAUAAGACCCCAGGUCUGCUUAAUUUCUGUCCAUCUUGAAAGGGCUUUGACCCAGCAGAGUAACCUGUGUUUCUGAAUCAUAUUAUACAUGGGUUCUUCUUAAGUAGUAUAGUUUUAACCUGUAUUCUAAUGACAUUAAAGGACCUAGAGGCAGACUGAACAACUGGAGAGUGUUUGUAAAGUGGGGUGCAAGAGUGUUUAUUUGAUGCUGUGGCUGGUUUUGUCUGAGACUGAAGAUGAGGACUGUUCUGGCAGUGUUGGUCUUCCAUAUAUGGGCUGCAGAACAGCGUUGAUCUGGUUUGACAAAAAGACUGAAGGGCUUGUUGCAGGUGUGUGAUCAGGUGUCAAGAUAGAAUUAGGCAAGGGGGAGGGGAAGAGGAUUGAAGACAGACUCACAGCCAGUGAUGUGACACAUUUGUGGGUGCAGUGAUAACCUGAGCUCACAGACAAUGGGUUUUGGAAGUUUUUUUGAGCCUAUGCAGUGAUCUCCACUGCAGAGUCAUGCCUGCCCAAAGAUGGCCAUCCAAGAGUUGUUUUUUUAGCCUUAUCACUUUUGAAAAUGGCGAUUUCUCCUGAUGGUCUAAACUUCUGUGUAGCAGUAGCACAGGAGGUAGAGCAGUCAUUCAAUAAUUGGAAGGUUGGCAGUUCAAGCCCCACCCUAUCCUUAGUCUGUACAUUGUGUCCUUGGGCAAGAGACUUAACCCACCUUGCUCCCAGUGUGUUUCCUCCACUUGUGUAUGAUUGUGGGUGAUGUUCAGUGGUGGUCAGAGAGGCAGUAGGUCUGCCCCAGGCAGCUGUGACUUCUACUGUAGUUUACCACCAUCAGGGUGUGACUGUGUGAGCAAAUAAAUAAUGUAUCCAACAUAAAGCACUUUAAGAUCACUGAUGAAAAGGGCUGUAAAAAUCUGAUGCAUUAUUAUAAUUACAUAUAACCAUGAUAUUAUACACUGCAGGCGAUAAAAUCCCUAAAAUUCAAAGACAUGCAAAUUUCUUUUUCUUAAUAAACAUUUUACACAGGGCCCCAUCUUUUUUGGAAUAAGGGUCACAUUUGGAUAAAAAAAAAAAAAAGUCCUUUGCUUGGUAGCUGCCAUUACAACUUCAAACUGCUGUCCCUCGCUUGUUGGCAUCUUUUCUGGCUGCAUCAUGGUUUACUGAUGCCAGAAGGACUUGGGGAGUAUCUAUUAGGUUUAAGUGUCUGGUUUUCUAUAUGUUAGACCUGUCAGACUAUCUUAGACUGGCCUUGCUGGGAUUGACUCCAUCCUGCUGCAACCCCAAACCGGAUAAGUAGUGUACAAAUUGAUGGAUGGAUGAUUUGGUAAGGUUAAGGCACUACAAAUGUCAUGUGUAUUUUCAGGAAAACUUUAUAUUUUGGACCCAACUGAUAAACUGACACUUGGUUUUAGGGAGGACAGGAAUAACAUCCCACUGGGUUAAAAGAGAAAAUCCUCCAACAAGCUUCUGCUGCGUUAUCGUAACACACCACCCUCACAAAAAGGUGUGCUGUGAGGUCAUGAUAAGAGGUUUAAGAAUAAGACAGAACAUACAGUACAGGAACCUUUGGAGACUCACUCAAUUAUUUGACAAAGUGAUGUUUCACCAGUUUGUAAUUUACUUGCACUAAUUAGUUUGCCAUUUCUUUCUUGCAGGAGGUGAAGUACUUUCAGUUUCCUGGAGAGCUACUGAUGAGGAUGCUGAAGAUGCUGAUUCUCCCGCUGGUUGUGUCCAGGUAUAGAUGUUUAUCUAAUACUUCAUUAUGACCCUCUCAUACUGUUUACACAUCUGCUUCUGAGCUCAGGGCUUUUGUCAUUAACUUUCAGUUUGUGUCCGUUUUUGCUGCCCUGGUGGACAAAGUGGAACCUUUCAUGUCCUCAUGGGUCCUGUCUCUGUAUGUGCCCAGUGUAAUAUGAUUAAAUACUUAUCCUCCUUCAAAAGUCAGUUUAUCAGUCAUUAUGAAUCCCUGCUAAAAACUGUCAGCUGCUUGCCUCACUGUGUCUGACACCUACAUGGCACCUACUUCGCAGUCUGAUAAAGACUGCUAUACAUACUGUAUAUAAGACUAAACUUUUUAGACUCAGAAUGGUGUAUAAAUAACUUGACAACUGUACCCAGAGCUGUAAACUUUACAAAUAUAAGAGUUUCAGACAUAAUUUGCUGAACUAAUUUCAUAUAAACUGAAAUCCUUAUUUAUCAUUUUUUCUUUGUUGUUAAAUGUAUCCUAAAAACCUAAAUGUUUGAUGCUCAAAAAUACCAACCAGGUCAGUGGUUCUGGAGUGAUUCACCAGCAUAUGUUCACAUAACACUAUCAAACAUGUCCUUUGUGGAAACAAAUCCUUUAUCUUUAAAUUGACCAGGUGUAAGUCUGUGUGGUAUCAGACAUUAAACCUCUAAAAGUGACCCUGCAACAUGCAACUCCUAAAUUUUUAAAUAUGAGCAGCAUACCACAGGUGGAGAUCAAGUCAAGGGCCAGGUAUGAAUCAUCGUCUUUGUUUUGGUCCAGAGUAGUUUGGGCAUUUGAUUUUUUGGUAGACCCACAAGGAUGUUCAUUUGCUAGUCCCUACAAAGGGACAUUAUCUUUACAAAAAUGGCCAGAAUUCCUCCCUAUAGGGUUACCAAUGGUGUAGGUAAAGAAAGUAUAAAGAAAAUAUGUGUCUUGUGGCUCACAGUAUGUGUAUGAGUUCAAUGACUGGAAAAAAAGUGUGAUAUCAAUAAUAUGUCUGUUUCUUUUUCUGUUGUUUGGGGCACUUUUACAUUGGGACACUGCAGUCAGAAACAAAUAUUUCAAUUUUACACUGUGACUUUAAGAACAACUUAGCACCUAGAAGAUGCAGACAUUUUUACCAGUAAAAGAUAUAUCUCCAUUCUGCUGUGUGACACUGAAAGUCAGUCUUUGAUUUGACCUCCUAAAGGUAUGGGAACAGCCUGAAACUGGACAAAUGAGGGAAAAUAGACUAAGCAAGAAAUCACUAAAGAAUUCCCUCCUUAUUAUUACUCCUCAUUGUUCCUUUCUCUAUUUUUUUCCCACUUUUUUUGUCCAACUGUUUUAUAUUUAUUUUUCUAGUUGAAGCACAUGAACUAGCCCUCAUUAUUUAUGUAUGUCUUCCUUUAUAAUAAGCGAUGCAGACAGUUAUACUCAGUUCAGCUAUACGUUCUCAUUAUUUGUCUUGUUUUUUGGGGGCAGUCCAGACCUUGCAUCAGCAUGUUUUUUCUUUUUUUGCUCACUUUUACUUUAUCUUGGACAUGAGUGACCAGAUUUAAGUCUGAGCAUUCAGACCUUGGGGUCUCCAAAGAUCAAAGGCUAUUCUCCCGAACCAGAUAAUCAGAUGCAGAUAACCAUUAACAGAGGGCUCUGCCUGGUUAUGAAACAACAGGCUCUCAGCGACCAUUGUUGUAGAUUAAGGGAAGUGUCCUUUAAGUGUUUUGACUGAUGCAGACUAAUACCUCCCCGAUUAUUGCCUUUUGUGGACCGUCUUUACCAUUGUUGUUAUUAUUAUAGUAGUUUAAGCAUCUAGGUCAUGAGUCAUCUUACAUAUUUCGGUCACAUUUACCAUCCAUCUUUUAUGAAUGUUUUCGGCAUGAUACUUUGCAAACCAUGAGCAGUCCCGACAUAUACUUGACUGGCUGUGUCGAGUGAAGGUUGACUGGCUGAAUAUGAGCUGGAGGUAAAAAUGUGAUUCAGAAAAUCAUCAUUGUUUUCCGUCUGCUUCUUUGAACCAUAUACUAAUGGCUUUCUUUUAAUCUUUUAAUGCUUUAUUAAACUCACUAAAAAGUGUGUAUAAGUUACUCUCUGUUUAUAAUUGAGUUAGUUGGGUGAAGGCAGCCAUGCUUUCUUCUCUUAAUGAGGACUCAAGGCCUCCUUUAUUGUUGGGUUGUUCUCAUGUUAAAGGAGGGAACAAGGGGUCAUGGGUUAUCUGUUUGUUCACUGAGGUGCAAAUUAGCUCACAUGUGGAUGAUAAAAAUACUUCUACAUCUGACUGCUACUCUUAGAAGACUUUAUUCUCAUCUGGUCAUGAUGUUUUUUGUGCUUCUUUCCAUCUUCAGGGUCAAAUGUCUCUUACACAAAUCCAGAACACAAGUUUAUAGACAAACUUGAUCAGGUACCCUCUUUUUUGUAUGAGAUAUUUUACCAAUCAGUGAUGACACAAAGUUAUUAUGGCAGUAUUUCACUUCCCAUAGGUCAGGCUUCUCUCUGAUGAUAAAGGAAAAAUGUACAAAAUGUACAGAUAUCACAAAGUUAGCUGCAAUAAACGCACUGCAGAAGUCUUAAUUUUUAGCAAUAGUUUAUUGAACAGUUUGAUGUUAAAAAUCACAGUUUUCUCACUCAUUUUACCUGACAGAGAGAGGCCUGGAUUUUUCUUUUUCAUGCACUGUUAUCUUGUGAUAACAACCUAUCAUCUCAUUGUUUCAAAAUGACAAAGAUCGUUUUCUGGUGAUAACGGAAAUGGCGUUUUAGCCGACCUAAAACUAACUUUUAAAAACUCCUCCAGAGUGGGAUAUUUCUGAAAAGCUGCAGUCAUCGUUUUCAAUAGGAAAAUUGGUGUUUUCAGUAAAAACAUCACACUUCCAUGCAUGUGCAUUACACUUUCAUAGUGGGAACAUUUAGCUGCCAUGCGCAAAUUGGACAAGGACAGUAACAAUGGCGGACACAUCAUGAAUUAAUUUGUUAUCACAAGAAAAUGAUCUUUGUUAUGUCAAGACAACUAAAUUUAAAUAAUUCAUUAUCAUGAGAAAUUGAUCUUUGUUAUGUCGAGAUAAUGAUUUAAGUCAUUAACCUGAGACAACAGUGCAUAAAAAAGAAAAACCUUGUAGAAGGAAAAGUUGGAAAAAUAAAAAUAAUUUUAUUUGAAAGAAAAUAGGCAUAAAUUAUAAGCAAGUCAUAAAUAAGUCAUAAAUCAUGAGAGAUGGUUUUACAUUCUUGAAAAAUAUAUGUCAACUAAAAUUUCACGCCACACCGAGAUGGUUUAAUUUCUUGUAUUUGUUCUUAUUUAAAUAAAUACUCCAGAAAGCAAACAUCCUGCAGUGUCAGUAUUGAUCCAGUAAUGUGCAGCCUAAUAAGGCAGUACUUAUAGGAAAUGGGAUCCUGCAGGUGUGGCAAGAAGCUGUCUUGGAGGUCUUGUCUUACACUGAAGAGAUCUGAGGCCAAUUUGUGUCACUCAGCAACUUCUGGAAUAUACACUCACCGGCCACUUUAUUAGGUACACCUGUCCAACUGCUCGUUAACACUUAAUUUCUAAUCAGCCAAUCACAUGGCGGCAACUUAGUGCAUUUAGGCAUGUAGACAUGGUCAAGACAAUCUCCUGCAGUUCAAACCGAGCAUCAGUAAGGGGAAGAAAGGUGAUUUGAGUGACUUUGAACGUGGCAUGGUUGUUGGUGCCAGAAGGGCUGGUCUGAGUAUUUCAGAAACUGCUGAUCUACUGGGAUUUUCACGCACAACCAUCUCUAGGGUUUACAGAGAAUGGUCCGAAAAAGAAAAAAUAUCCAGUGAGCGGCAGUUCUGUGGGCGGAAAUGCCUUGUUGAUGCCAGAGGUCAGAGGAGAAUGGCCAGACUGGUUCGAGCUGAUAGAAAGGCAACAGUGACUCAAAUAACCACCCGUUACAACCAAGGUAGGCAGAAGAGCAUCUCUGAACGCACAGUACGUCGAACUUUGAGGCAGAUGGGCUACAGCAGCAGAAGACCACGCCGGGUGCCACUCCUUUCAGCUAAGAACAGGAAAAUGAGGCUACAAUUUGCACAAGCUCAUCGAAAUUGGACAAUAGAAGAUUGGAAAAACGUUGCCUGGUCUGAUGAGUCUCGAUUUCUGCUGCGACAUUCGGAUGGUAGGGUCAGAAUUUGGCGUCAACAACAUGAAAGCAUGGAUCCAUCCUGCCUUGUAUCAACGGUUCAGGCUGGUGGUGGUGGUGUCAUGGUGUGGGGAAUAUUUUCUUGGCACUCUUUGGGCCCCUUGGUACCAAUUGAGCAUCGUUGCAACGCCACAGCCUACCUGAGUAUUGUUGCUGACCAUGUCCAUCCCUUUAUGACCACAAUGUACCCAACUUCUGAUGGCUACUUUCAGCAGGAUAAUGCGCCAUGUCAUAAAGCUGGAAUCAUCUCAGACUGGUUUCUUGAACAUGAAAAUGAGUUCACUGUACUCAAAUGGCCUCCACAGUCACCAGAUCUCAAUCCAAUAGAGCAUCUUUGGGAUGUGGUGGAACGGGUGAUUCGCAUCAUGGAUGUGCAGCCGACAAAUCUGCGGCAACUGUGUGAUGCCAUCAUGUCAAUAUGGACCAAGCUCUCUGAGGAAUGCUUCCAGCACCUUGUUGAAUCUAUGCCACGAAGAAUUGAGGCAGUUCUGAAGGCAAAAGGGGGUCCAACCCAUUACUAGCAUGGUGUACCUAAUAAAGUGGCCGGUGAGUGUAUAUACACCCCCUACUCAUCUUUGUGUAGUUUCUUUCCACUUCUUGUAAUCCCUGCUGUUGACAGGUCAGCCUUUAACCACCAGUGUGACCUUUUUGUUGUCCAAAUAAGUCAAGAGUUAUUCUAAAAAUGUCCAUGUCAUCUCCUGCCACUACAGUAACGCCAGUCUGACAGAGGUCAGACUGGCGGAUUGAUAUAAGUAUGUGACACAUGUGAUCUGGUUGUUCCUUGUUUCUCCUUUGUAAUUCAGAAUUUAUUAUCAAGCAGGAUCUGGAUCAUUCUAAAGAAAACUGGGUAAUAAAAUCAGAUGGCACCUGAAUGUCGUUAUUAAUGAGGGUGUUCCGUCAAACAUUAAUCCAAUUACUAUAAAACAGGUGUGAGUGAAUCUUUAAAAGCUCACUUUUUGACAUUUAUGCAAUAGACUGAAAUUCUUUUUGUCUUUUUAUGGUCUAAAAAACAAACAAACAUUAGCAAAAAGAUUGACAGUUUAUUGUAAUCUUUAUUGCCUAAAACUGGUGUCAACCAAACAGCUGAAGAUACAGCCCUGUCUGUACAUUUUCCACAAUAAGUAUUCACAGUAAAUAAUAAAUUGAAGUAAACAGUUAUGAGACAAAAUCAAUGUAACACCAACACCUUGGUAUAAUACAAAGCCAAAACGGUUGACCAGCUGCAAAAUUGACUAUUUCUAUGAAUUUCUAUGUUUCGAUUCAGAUCAGGGACAGCUCAAAGCAAAGGCAAUAUAUACAGAUGGCUUAGGCACCACAAUCUGCAUGUCUGAUUAUUUUAAUGUAAAUGAAUUACCCAGGGUGCAAAUACUAGCGAAAAAAUGGAGGUUUGAACUUUUUUUAAUGAUACCCUAGAAAUGAACCAUCCUUAUUGAGGUGUGAGUGUUCUCCCCCAAAAGCUCCACAAUGUCCUUUUAUCCAGGCACAUUAUAAUAAGUACAUUAUAAAAACCUAGACAUAGAUCAAACAAUGAAAUCAGGAUAAGGGGUUUCACCAACUAACUUGCCUACUUUAAUCACUCGUGUAUGCAAUAGGAAAUCGUUACCUAGUCUCACUGUAAAAUGUUUGAGAUGUUGUCAUUGUGCACCAGUACAGGGUGUGAGUUGCAUUGAGGUUUAUAUGGAAAAUAAUACUCUGUAGCAGAAAAACUUCCAUUGCACAGUUAACAUGUACUGUCAGUUUUCCUCCCUAAUUCCCAACAAAAAAGUUCCCACAAAUACAUUUUGCACUCCAAUAAAUUUGGGGCCCCAAAUCAUAGUCCCACCUGGUGUGCCAAAUUGGCUUUAGUCAGCCCUCAUUUAGACAAAGUGAUUUACAACAUGCAACCUGAGUCUUUGUUAGAAGAUUUUUAUGGAAAGCCUCUUUUUGUGUGGUAAAAAGAUUUUUCGUUAGACACUAUGACACAGGAACAUGGCCAGCCGCAAGAUAAGACUUACUGCUCUGUCUAAUGAACAACAUGCAUUUAAAAUUCCACAUUAUUAUUAUUAUACUAACUACUCAGCUAUAAUGUGUCCAGACUGUAUAUAAGAUGGACACCGUCUGUCUCCUCGCUGGGUGAAGCCACUCCGAGAACAGCACCCCCUAGAGCCUGGCUGCAGUACAAGUCAUAAACCCCACUUCUGCCUGCAAAGUGAAUUGAGCGGCGGACGGCCUUUAGAAAUCAAUUACACAGAAAAUACACUUUUCUCACCCCUGACUGCGAUGUUGACAUGUAGUUAUUAUUAGACUGGUUUGUGUUCAGGUCUCUUUUUCUCUCUGCAGCUCCAUUUUAAAAAGUUAUUAGGAGUUAUAAAAACAGGAAAUUGCGUCAUUCUCUACACAAUGCACUUGCCGCUUGUACAUUGCUCUUUUUCGUUCAUCAUCAAGACCAAUCGGGUUUGCUAGCUUUUGAGCGGGGGCUUUUUGAGCAGAGCGUCAUCGCUCCAAGUCUCCUGCCCAGCCAAAAACGUCUGCGUACAAUGCUUCUGCGCAGCUCUGGUUUCAAGGAAGUGGAGAAAAACCCGGAAUUACCGAGAGCUUUUUGGCUUCAAAUCCGUAUACAGGCAGAAGGCGGAACCAGGUUGUCCAUAGUAUAUACAGUCUAUGGUCCAAGUACAUCAAGUAAUGAGUAAAGUCCAGGGGUCGCAGCUCAAGGAAGAAUAUUUAUGAUCAUUUCUUUAUCAAUUCCUUGAAGUAAUAAUCAUCAUAUUAAUAAUUUUGCACUGCAGACACGGUAGUUCUUCUGCCUUAGCAUCUUGGUCUGAUUGCAUUUCCAUGAAGUAAUGAUCAUAAAUGUUCUUCCUUGAGCUGCGUCACCCCGCUUCAGUCGAUAAUGGACUGGACAAGGUCUCACAACAAAAAAGGAGCUGCUGGAAGAGAGUAGGUGAGUUGUGUUUAGUCUCUUUGCUAAAGAAUUCAGGCAAAGUUAAAAAGAUGAUUGAUGGCUAGUACUAUGGCUGGGACCCUACAUGUACUGUUGUUUAAGUUAGGUGCUGUUCUGAGCAUUAUUUGUGGCUAUAGAGUGGCGUUUUGGUUGAGGUUUGGUUAUGGCUCCUGGGACAGCUGUGUAUUGCUAUCCUGUUGUCGUUAGUUGGUAUAAAUAGAGAAGCAAGCAGUCGGCAACAUUUAUCUUUCGAGAGGGUGUCUAACUCAGUGUAACAGUGUGUUUGACCCUAAAUUAAUUUUACGACGGAAUAUUCCUGUAAAUAUACGUGCCUGCAACAGCAGGGCUUACAAUCAUUACGACAUAUUUUACACACAGUUAUGUCAUUUUGAAUCAAUCAAAUGGACAUAAAGUCUGACAAACCAAGAGAAGAGCUCAAGCAUUCGACUCCCUGGCCCCUAAGAAUGAAAUAACACAAAUUCAAAGCAGUUCAGCACUGACUCAGGUUGAUCUCCAGGAUGUCCAGUUUUUGUAAUUUGGCUUUUCCUCGCUCUCUUUUUUCUUUCUUCGCACUUUGUCGCUGAACUGCCACUCAUAUUUAGCUUAGUCCUAGCUUGCACUUUGUUAAAAAGUGACUGAUGAUGACAUUAGUGGACAGCUGAUGACUAUUUUACCCAGAAGACACUUGGAGACAGUGUCGGCGAUCAACUUGUAGAUUUACACAUUUAAAGUUAACUGUGAGAGUGAAAAUGAAGCCAGGCAUGCAGCACAAUAUUUAUUUAAUCUUUUACACCAAACUACAGUUCUCAGUUGAGUAAAGUUUUUACCAACCAUGACCCAUCCUUAAUGGGGAAAUACAGUAUAUAAAUCCACAUAUCUCCAAAGUGCUCCUUAUUAGUGAUUGGAAAUUUAGUCAGAUUCACCCAUGGAGCACAGUGCUCCCAUUAAUUUACCAUGCAGAGAUGACAUGAACGUUCCCAAAAGUUUUAAACACUAGGAGCUCUAUUAGGGGCUAAAAUGCUUUGUGAAUAAAUUUCAUUUGUAUCAACUUUUUUUUUUUCUUAGAAAAUAUCAAGUCACAACUUACAGAGUCAGUUUUCUUCUGGGAUAUUUUUACAAGUGGGAGGAUAAAUAAAUCAACAACUUCACCUGUUCAUUUAAGUUGUGACACAUGGACUAAACAUACUGCACGUUAUCUCCAGUGAUGCUGUGAUCAUAUGCCAUAAGUUUUUUUGAGAAUGGUGACACACAUUGAAAGUAAACAUCGUGAUAAUAAAUUUGUACUCUGAUGAGUGUUUUUAAAGCCAUAUGGAGGCGACAGUAUUCUACCAAGACUGUUUCAAAACCAAAAGAAAAAGUCAGAGUAGGUGUAACUGUCUGCUCAAUUGGAACCCUCGUACAUUCAUUCAGAACAGCUGCUUCAAGACUGUUUUCAUGAUUGUACAUGUGUUUUUGCAUUUGUGUGUGUGUGUGUGUGUGUGUGUGUGUGUGUGUGUGUGUGUGUGUGUGUGUGUGUGUGUGUGUGUGUGUGUGUGUGUGUGUGUGUGUGAGAGAGAGACAGAGAGAGAGAGAGAGCACUCUGUCCUGAAUGAAACCACAGGGAUUAAGAUUUGAUCCUUACAUUCACAAGAGAAAGCUAACACCACUGCUGUACCGGCUUGAUUUAAAAGAAGCUGUGGAAGUGGUUACUGUAGACCCCCAGAUGGUGACUGCUCAUUGAUGAAUUAAUUAAACACGCAGAGAUUACUUGAACACUUUCCAAAUAAGUCUUUUUUUAUUGUACCCAACAUGUUUAAAUGUGGACACUGCUACAACUCAAACCUCAGCAAGUGUUGGUGUCUUAUUUCUUAUAUAAACUAUAAAAUAUUGAAUUUUCCCUCAGAUAAGAUAUUCUUGUAAAAACUGUCUUAUUGGGCGUAAUUACAACAAUGUUCAACUGUCAGGUCCAGAAAGAUCUAAUUUUUAAUAAUUUUGUUACUCUGUUACUCUUGUUGUCUGAGUCCGAACUUUUGACUGUACCCAUCAGCAGGAUGCCCAAAUUGUACAACCUAGACUUUGAAGAUUUUGUUACAACAACAGUUAAUUCAUCAGUGGACAGGCUUGUGAAUGCAGGUCUGCCAAAUGUGUCUCCCCCUUUGUCACUUUUUGAUCACCUACAGAAUCACAACAUAACUUUGGAAGAUGAAAAUUACAUAAAAUUGGUAGUAAACAUACCUGAGCAGCCUGCCAAGUCUUGUAAGAAAUGCUUAAAUCAAUCAAGCUUUAUUUUGCACUUUUCAUACAAGUCACAUGCAAUUAAAGGUGCUUCACAGUGAUUGAAAACAAAACUUUGUUGUUGUAAUAGCUAGUAUGAUUGUCAUGAUGUCAUCAAUGGAGAGUAGCUACUGGUGUGUGCAGAGAGCACAUGAUUGGCUAAAAAGACUUGAGCUCAUGAUGUUGAAGAGCAGAACAUCCUAAAGCACAAAUCCUGGUCAAGUAUCAAAACUUUGAGGGACAGGUCCAAGUCAAGUCAUGGGUCAUUUAAGUGUGAUGACUUAAGUGCAACUCAGGUUGAAAGUUUUUGACUGGAGUCCCCAUCACUUAAAAAAGCUUUCACAACAGAGUCAAACAAAAGGAGCCAGUCUUGCGCUUCAGCUUGACUACCACUAUGCAGGAUUAAUGCAUCACAGAGGGAGGAAGACAAGUUUUUAGAGUAAGGAUCCAAGGCACAUAAUGUGUCAAAGCAGUUUUAUUCACAAGUAGACAACCAUGUAAAUUAAAACCACUGACCUUCAGAGUGGAGAAAUGCCAUUUCUGUGGAGCUUUAAAUUCAAUUACUUCAUACAAAGUUUUUCAAGUUAAAUAGUGAAUGCAAUUGUUGGAGUCUUCCUACGUAUUUGUGGCAAAUUCCAUCUGCUGUCAAACCUCAUGUAAAAUUAAAGACAAUCUCAGGCCAGCUAAAAACCAAUCUUUAGGUAGAAUUCUUUUUUUUCAAUAAGAAAAUUUCUAUCAGAUUGAAGGAUUUCCUGUGUAGAAUAGGUUUACCCUCAUAAGACCCUUUCCAAAUGCAUUGUCUUCACUCUCUUAUUCAUUGAUACCAAGCUGCUGUAAAGCUGACUGAGUGAUUGCAUAAACACAGGCUCUCUCUCCAGGUUCUUUUUGAAUCACAAAAUCUCCCCAAAAGUUUUUAAUCUAACCUCCGUGUUUCCUCCUUCAGUUUGAUGUCAGGACUGGCAGCUCUCGACGCCAAGUGUUCCAGUCGGCUGGGUCUGAUCACUGUGUCUUAUUACCUUUGGACCACCUUUGUGGCUGUUGUUGUGGGGAUCAUCAUGGUCUCCAUCAUUCACCCAGGCGGUGCUGCUCAGAAAGAGGACUCAGAGGAAAGUGGCAAAGCUAUCAUGAGUUCUGCAGAUGCUCUGCUGGACCUCAUCCGGUAAGGCCACAGCUAGAUCCCACUCCACUGGACAUCUAUGCACAUGCUAAAUGAUUGCUAUAACAUGAUUCUGACAAAAAGGCUACACAAGGACUAUUUCUGUACUGAGGAGAUUUGUGUUAAUCUUGCUUGGAAGUGAUGUUUGGAUGUGACCACUGAAGAGAUGGGCAAAAAGACUUAAGACAUAAGAAAUAAAGGGACUGACCUUUUUUUUGUCAAAUGUAAAGGUUUCUCAAUUGUUGCUUAAUUCCACUCCCUUUGCCUUGGGGCUCUUGUUAGGGGUUCCUAAGUGUUAUUUUGAUAUCGUAUCGAUUUAAAAACAAUAUUUUUCUAAAUGAAAUUGUCUGUUACACACAUUUUUUGGGCUGUGUAGACACAACAUCUGUUAACUUUUAGCCUUCUCAAGAUAAGACAGCUAUUUUUUAAAUUAAACCAAAUAUUGAUCACAUCAAUCAGUGCUGUACUUCCUUUAACAGGCAAAAACCUUGAGCAGAACCAGACUCAUGUUAGACAGUCAUCUGCUGAGAAGGAGGGAGGUGGAGAGAGAUGGGCAUAGGAGAGAUGAAGCAGCUGGAAAGCAGGCAGAUCCAUGACAGCAGAGUGUCUGUUACAUACUGAAAUUAGAUUAGACAUUAUUGUUGAUCUUUUAGGUAGAAGUAAAAUCAGGAAAAUGACAUGAUAGAGCUGACCUCAUCUGUAGCAGCUGUUAGCUUAGUUUCCAUUCCAGUCUCCUGGCUGUUUUCUCAAUAACAGGGCACAGGUAUCUCCUGUAGGAAAUACACAAAGUAUUGAUUUUUAAUACCAUGUGUCUUUAACCUGUUCUGCCUUUUUUCUGCUGUUUAUAUACAUUUUUUCUUCCAUUGUACUGGACAGCUGUAAAAAUGCAAUAGUUUGAAGGAAAACAAUAGCUGACAGCUGUAUUGAUAAGGACUGGGAUCAAUAAAAAUUAAUCCCCACUCCUCAACCUAGGACUUGUUAAUGACUACUUACAUCUUUAUUAAAUCAGGGUAAUUUUCUCCCUCUUUGUAUGUUCUUUUCAGAGUCAGAGAGGAAAUUAUACAGGUGUUAUUACAAGCUAAGUGUGUUCCUCCUGAAGGUAAAGGAUAUUAAUGGAAGUUUUUAUCAAAGGCAUUAAAGGCUGCACUUUUUUGAAUGUCUUCAAAGUUCCUCAAACGAGUUUACUGUACACUAAAGAGUAUCACACAGUACCUUGCUAUUAACUGUCAUACAUGAAGCCACUUGUAACUAUCUUUUCAUGAGAAAGAGAUCCUUAGAUAAAGUAUGAACCACAGAUAUUUUUUUUUGUCACUUUUUGUUUGUACACCACCCCAACUCUGAAUGGAUCUGCUUUUGUUUAAAUGAUAUGAUUGCAAUCAUUUAAAAUGGUGCUGCACAGACUCCCUGAACUUCUGAUCCAGCCCUUCUCCUUCCUCACAGACUACAUCAGUAUACUCUAGAAAUGUGCAUGACAUAAUUACAACCUUACAUAAUAUCCUGAUCAAUAUAGUGUCCAGUGUUAAAGGUACUUUGCCAUUACACUCAUAACCUGAUGUGUACUUUUGUGUUGGUUCCUGAAAAAGCCUGAGGAUGUGACCUCUCAGCAUCUAUACUUAGACUUUAGGAUGUGUGCACAAAUGGCAAUUAUGAGAAAAAUCCUUGUUAGCUGCAGGGUGUAUUUUCUAAUGUGCUGCCCCUGUAUCUGAGUUUAACUGAAGUGGAAGCAUAUCUAAGCUGAGUGACAGUGACAGCAGGACUCAGAGAAAAACAUUGCGAAUCUGAAUGUGAGGAACUUUGUUAGAAGUAAGAGGAGUUAUAAAGUUUUUAGAGGGGGUAAUUGACAAAUUUGUACAAUUUUAAAAUGAAUAUUAUUCCAAAUUCAACUACAAAAUGCUCAAAUUGUGGAAUUUUUGAAAUUUUGUGUAACAUGUUAGUGAAACUGGAUUUUAUUGGUUUAUUAUUCAUUUUACCUAUUAUCAUUUGAGAAUGGAGCAAAAAUGUCAAAACAAAUAUUAAAGAUCUUCCUUGCUGGGUGAAGCCACUCCGAGAACAGCACCCUCUGUUGAUGGGCUGUAGUAUAGGUCAUAAACCCCGCCUCCGCCAGCAAAGCUUAUGGGGCUGUGGACAAACUUUAGAAAUUUAUUACACAGAACAUAAUUUUUUCUCCCCCCUGCUUGUGAUGUUGACAUGUAGUUAUUGUAAGACUGGUUUGUGCUCAAGUCCUCUUUUUUCUGUGAAGCUCCGUUUUUAAAAGUUAUUAGGGGGUUCAUGUUUGCUAUGAUUGACACCUGGUACAGCCUAUGGGCGUUCAAGGAUUGCGUAGCUCACCCAGGGGGAUACACUGUUUGAGCCGAGCGUCAUCACAGUGACUCUCGGCGACUGCGCGGCCGAAUGAGCGCAUCGCUACUGCGCAGCGCUGGUUUCAGGAAAUGAAGAAAAAUCCCGAAAAUACCGAGAGCUUUUUGGCUUCAAAUCCGUAUACAGGCGGGGGGCGGAACCAAGUUGUCCAUAGUAUAUACAGUCUAUGGGUGAAGCCCAAUGAAGAGACAGUCAACUGCUGGUUUCUUCUGUACAUGUAUUGUAGAGAUGACCACAUUUACUACCAUCUUGAUCCACUUUGAAAAUGGAAUCAGUUCUUUAUGAGUACUAAUACUACUAGAGCAGAUGCCACCCUUAUGACAUCCUCUUUUUAAUCCCAGACUUGUUUGGAUUUGCCACAAAUCCUGAGACAGGAUUUAAAAUGUCAUGUUGGUUGUUUUAAGCCUUGCAGUUUUCAUAUCCUGCCUCCAAAACUAUAUUAUUGACUAAUAUUUAUCGAAUCUUUUUCAAUAGAUUUGUCUCAUUUCCUUAGUUGUAGUUUCAGCAACAAGGACCAAAAAUGCUCAUCUGUUAUGCUAAGACUGUGAGAUUUUAUUUGGUGGUCUGAUCAAAUCCCUACUUUCAUGGUGUCAAAGAAACAGCGAGGAUCAGACUUUUUUGUCAGCCAUGGCAGAAGUGUGUUGUGAUAUCAUUUUAUGCAGCUGACACUUUCCUGUUUUCUGUGCUACACACUAAGAUGUCUGAGUGUUUGGUUUUUGAUUGGCAGUGAAAAUUUCAGCUUUCAACACAGGUUGCUCGACAGCAGUUGAAACACUGGCAGGGAAAGAAAAAUAGAACCAAACUGGAAUAAUACCCAAACUGCCUUAAACAAAUGGAUUGAAACAGUUCUGAUAAAAUCUGAUUUGGGCCUAAGAGAUGAUUCUGUGUAUUUCAUAUCCUGAAACAAGAGAUUAUACUUAUACUUUUUUUUUUUUUUGCAGCCCUACAUCUUUCAUCUUUUUUUUUUUUUUUAACCUUAAAGCUGGGGUAGGCAGAAUCUUAGAAGUGCCAGUUUUUGGUAGAAAUCUUGAAUGCAAGCACUACCCCUCCCCACCAGUUUUCCCCUCAGCUCCUCCUCUCUCCUCCCUCGCUGCUCCAGCAGGCCCCACCAACAAACAGACACUCGUUCUGACUCCCCGGCAAAUUACUACCAGACUUGUAAAUGAUCAUUAUCAUUACCAAUCACAUCAACAAAAACUUAAACAACUUUUGUCACAACAGAGUCAGCAGUAGUAAUGGUGCCUCGGUGUUGACUCUGGUUUGUCCUCUUGCUUUAUCCAGAGCCUUCUUUGUCACAGCCCUUUCUGCCUCCGUCUUUCUCUUCUUUGGCUGUGUAGCUGGCCGAGCCGUCACGGGUACCGCUGAAACUUGUAUUUUAGGUCGCUUUUUCUGUGCCCUUGUAAAAUGGUCACAUAUUCUCCAGCAAACAAGGUAUUUCAGCAGAGAAGCCUGCUUGCUACCUGCGGCAACAGCGAAGCAAUGCGUGUACCCAAGCUAUGCCUGUGCCCGCGGGUGGGGUGGGGGGCAGAGGGGAGCUGGGUGGGCGCGGGGCAAGACUUGAAGGCAUCUGAUUGGCUCUUUACAUUUGGACCGAAUGCUAUGAUUGGUCAAAGUUUGUACAGUCCUGCAGCUUCCACAGAUCUCAGAUUCUUUUCAUUUCUGUUUCUGAAUACAUAAUGAAUUGACUACUCUCACGGUGGAAGGACCGCUUUAUCCACUAAAAUAAAAAGCGUCUCUGAACAUCACUGCCUACUCUACUUUUAAUAUUGUAUUUAAAAGUACACAAACUGCCUUUUUGAGGUAGUGACAGCAUUUAAGCAAGAUUUGUUUUUACAUCUGUGAACAUUACAGGAAAAUGGGAGAGAGAAUGGGGUAUUACACCUCAGCUGCAUUGAUGGAUCACAAACUGCCCACUUUGAGGGGCUAAUAGAGUGUUUUUCUUCAAUCUACCCAUGUAAUGAUUAAAAUGCCAUUUAAGAUCUGGACAUUAUUAGCACUCCAUAGGUUUAUCUAGAGGUCAACCAAUUACAGUUUUCGAGUAGCUGAUGGUGAUACCGAUUUUAAUAGAGCAAGUUGGCCAAUGGCCAAUACAUUAGGCUCAGUAAAAUAUUGGGGACCAAUACAUAGAUAGGGACUUUUGAAUUUCUGCCCAGCACGCAGUAAAUAUUGGAAUUGUGAUUAUUUAACUGUAUGCUUUUAUACACCAUAGUUAUUAGAAUUUACAUAAAACACUUGUCAGUAUUGGAUUAGAUUUGCCGUCAAUUUUUAUUUGGAAAAGUUAAUGGUGAUUUUGGCCUUUUAAUGGCUGAUGCCGUUAACUGACCUUAUCAAUCACCAGCUAAUUAAGAGCAUGGGAUAAACGUACUGAAGCACUGGCCCCUAUUCAAAGUUAUAGGGGCCACUAUUGUUAUCCUUUUUUUUUUUUUUUCCUUAUUGAUUCACCACUAUUCCUACAGCUUAAAGAGUUGUAGGACUUAUUAUAUAUGAACAUGUGCAGGUUUAUUGGAAUAGAUGUGCUAUUACUUUCCUCUAUUGUAUAAAACUGCUGAAAAAUUUUGCAUUGAAGUCAAUAGGAAAAGCCCCCCCCCCCAAAAAAAAAGAAAGAAAAAAGGCGUUAUUGGAGUUUUUCAAUUGUCUGCUGUUCAUUGCUUUUUUUUUUUUUUUUUUGUUUAUAUAAAUACUUAAAAAAGGAAUGUUUGUUGUAGGUGUGCUCCUUGUAUAUAAUAUCACAGUGCUACUUGUAUUGAUUAUUUGAAAUCCCAGAGGAAAUUUCAUCAUAAUGUACAUACUCGGGCAGUAACCCCCGGUGGCCCUUUUAAAAAUUUUCCAGAGGGAAUUUUCUAGUUAUCAGUCCAUUUCUAGUUUUGUCACAUUUCAUUCAUCUGAAUUUUCCUUCUUGUUGUGGUCAGAAAGUCAAUGAAGCUGGUGUAAGCAGUAUUUUCAGUUGACGUAUUGGCCAUAUUACACAUAAAAAGCUGUCGAAGUUGGACUGUUUGUAUGUAUAAACUUGUGAGAUGUUUCUUUUCUAUCUUCUGCCUUUAACAUUAAACUUGUAAGAAAGAGACUAUUUUUCUUUCAGAUUCAGCCCUCCUGAGGUCAAAAUAAUCGUGUUUAAGCUUUACAAGAUAUCAAUCAAGGAAUUCACGUUAUAUUUUUCCCCAUCAUACCACCUGUGUCCCCAAUUUACCCUUUGUUUUUAAGGAGCUGUCUAGGAUUUUAACAGACAGGAAAGAAGAAAUGAAACUUUUUUGAUAAACUGACUACCUCAAUUUUUUUUUCUUCUUCUUGCUCCUCUGCUUGCUGCCGUGCAGGUUCAAAUAUAUAUCGAUGUGUAAUGAAAGUUAAAGUUUGGGGAACUUUUUGAGGGCUAACUUGUAUCUGCCAAACUUAAGUUUGAAAAAAAAAAAGUCUCUCUGUGGAAACCUUCAGCUAAUUGUUUCAGUCUCAUAAACUGAGACAUUCCUUCCAACACAACCAACAUAAUAGUGUAUUGUCUAAAACAACUGGAAAGUAAUUCUGGGUAAAUCUGUGGGACUGUGGUGUGAAUUCAAUUUUUCUAAGCGUUUAAUUAAAAUCUCAGUAUGGCUCAGCUCCAGCACAGAGACCACAGUGCACACAGUUCAUAUCUGACCAGAGAGGAGGGGGGGGGUCAUUUUUUUUUAAUUUCUUUUUUUGGGGAGAUGGUACCCUCUGAGCAAGAUAAUGAUCAAAAUUCAGCACCCUGCUAUGUUUGAGCUUGCGGGAUGUUUCACAGACCUAUUCAUCACCAUUACUGUGGACACCUCUAAAAUUUUUCCCCCCUCUAGAUGUGCAAGACACUAAAUACCUUUAAUUACUGAAUCACAGUCGUGCAUAUUUUCACUUGCAUAAAAAAUUCACUGCACCUCAGAGAACACCCACUCACCAAUUAUUUGAUUGUACUCUUACCUUGCAGCAACAUGUUCCCCGCUAAUCUGGUCCAGGCUACGUUUCAGCAGGUAAGAAUUGUUAUGUCACACAGUGCAUUUUCGAAAAUAAAGGCUUAGUUGCUUUGUGUUGUUUUUUUGUUUUUUUUCCAGGACAAUUAUGCAGCCUCUUUUUUUCACUCUCACUCUCUCUGCUCCUCUCUCUUUUCCCUGACAGUAUCGGACAAAUAGUGAGUACAUUGUGAAGCCUAAGCCCACGGUCAGUCAGGCCCAAUCAGAGUCCAGUACAAGGCGAGCACUUAUCUACGGUAUCCAGGAUGAAAAUGGAACUGACAUCCAGAACUUCGCCCUUGACCUGACUCCGCCCCCAGAUGUUCUCAUACGGAUACGGGAAGGAACAAGUGAUGGAAUGAAUGUUCUUGGAAUAGUCAUUUUCUCUGCAACCAUGGGUAAAAAACCUGCACCUUCUCUAGUCAGCUUUCUGAUGGGGAGCGUUUGUCUUCCAGUUCAUCUCAUUGCUGCAAAUGAAAAGGCUCUUAUCCACUCUUAAAAAAAAUGGCUUUGUGUUUGGACAGGUAUUAUGUUGGGGAGGAUGGGGCCAAACGGCAGCGCCUUGGUGAACUUCUGUCAGAGCCUUAAUGAAGCUGUCCUUCGAAUUGUUGCCAUCGUUAUAUGGUAAUCAUUCAGAAAACAUCCAUUAGGAGAUUUAGAAGUUAUAUUCACUAUUUAAAAUGUGUGAAGACCUCCCAAUCACAUGUCCUAAAGUAUUACAUACUUAGACAAACAGUUGUCGGUGGUGGCUUACUGCCAUAACACAUUAAAUCAGCAAAAUAAGCAAAAUAGCAGUUAACAGCAAUUUAACUUAACAAUGCUAAAAAAUGACAUUUAUAUUCCAGACCAUAAUUGGGCCAUGCAGAAUAAGAGCCUCUUUAUGACCUGAAUUUACAUAAUGUUAAUCAGAGUUUGCAUCAGCGACGUAAAGCCACUACACAGAGUGAAGGCCUGAGCCCCAUUAUUCUGAAUAAAGGUCACAUUAGUUUGUAUGAAUAUCAGCAUCAUUCUGAAAAGAGCUCAAAAACAGGACAAAUGAGAUUUCUUUAUUGUUUUUUUAAAAGCCUGCUCUCUUAGGGUGAAGAAGACACACUAAGAUAGGUACAGUUAGGUUGACAUGUAAGAAAUCCCCACUGUUUGUCUGCUGCUAAAUCAGUAAUCACUGGACACAGUGUGAGGAGAUUUGAUGUUUUUAUGAAGCAAGCUUAAAAUUAAUGCUGAUGCCUCUUUAUGAUCUGGAAAAACAGACAAGUCCAUGAGGAACAAGACUGAUUGUUACAGGAUGAUCUUUUUAGAGUCUAUCACCGAAAAAGAGAUAAACAGCAUGCUGCAGAAACAAAGAUUCACUGUGGAGUCAUACUUUUGACAGAGAAGAAAACAAAUACACCAGUGGUGAGAUAAAGAAUAACAGAGUGAUCAUUGUGUGCAACAGAUUUACAUGACACUACGGAUGAUAAACACUUUACAGACGUUUGAUCAUACUCAGAAUGCAUGCAGGAGCUUCUUGUCCUCUAAGGCCAUCAUCACAUCACCAACAGGAAGACUGAGAAAGGAACAUUUUCAAUAUAAACCUUGACAUUACUAAAUAUUACCAUUUAUACACAUUGCACUUUUAAAAAUGUACAUGGUUCAAACACUCCUCUCUCCAGGGGUGUUAAGCCAAGCUGUCAAGCAUGUGGUCAGUUUCACAGUAAAGGCAGAUACAUUAUACACCUCUACUUAAGGGGAUAUUUCGGUGUAAAAUUAAUUUAGGGUCAAACACACCGUGAUCAUAAAUGUUCUUCCUUGACCUGCGUCCCCCCCGCAGCAGUCCGUAAAAGACUGGCCUGAGGUCUCACUACAAAAAAGCAGCUGCUGGAAGAGAGUGGGUGAGUUGUGUUUAGUCUCUUUGCUAAAGAAAUGAGGCAAAGCUAAAAAGAUGUUUGAUAGCUAGUACUAUGGCUGGGACCCUUUAUGUACUGUUGAAGAAGUUAGGUGCUGUUCUGAGCAUUAUUUGUGGCUAUAGAGUGGCUUUUUGGUUGAGGUCUGUUUAUGGCUCCUCAGACCACUGUGUAUUGCUAUCGUGCAGUCGUUACUAAAGUUGGUAUAACUAGAGAAGCAAGUGGUCGGUAUCAAUCAUCAUUCAAGGGGGUGUCUAACUCGGUGUUGUGGUGUGUUUGACCCUAAAUUAAUUUUACACUGGAAUAUCCUUUAAAAAAAAUAAUAAUAAUAACCCUUUAAUCUGCAAUAUUCAGAUCUUAUACUGUAGGAAAUGUUGAAACUCAUCUUGAUUACUUGUCAGACCCAAUACUAGAUGUGUUGCACUGUGUUCAGUGCUGUGCAAAUAACUUAAGGUUGAUAAUUAGUUACAAAGGUAACCAAAUGAUGAAUUAAAUUACUGCAUUAUCAAAGUGAAAAGUAACUCUGACAUGAUUGUCUUUUGAUUGAAUACUCUGACUAGUGCGCUCUGCCUUUCAUCUCCCUGGUCUUUUGCUAAACAAUUUUCAGACAGCAGCAAAGUCAACUGUUGAUAUGGGAAGCAUGUCUCCAGCAGCAUGAUUUGUAAUGCCUGACAAUCAGUCUGUUCAGUCCUUCCUGGAUCACAAAUUGUGGAACUGAUUUAAAAUCAAGUUUUUGCUGUUUGGAUUGACUGGCUCCUCCUUGGUCUGCAAGACGGACGUGAGCUGCAGCUGUAUCAUUACUGUUUGUAUGACUGACGGACAGUUUUUUGCAAAACAUAUUAUUUUUUGGUGGGGGGUUGUGAGUUCAGAAUCCCUGUUCCUGGUGAUGAACUGGAGAUGUGCUUUUUUCCUGCAUGUAGUCUGCAACUCAGCACCAUAAUUUCCUUGACCUGCAUGGAGGAAAGAAUAGUGUUUGGUUUUUGUUUUUUUCCAUGAUGUUUAAAGUCGUCUUUUCAAUUUCUUUCAAUUUAACAGAAUUAAACAAAUUUGAAAGUAACUAAAAAUGCAGAAAAAGAGUUACAAUGAACAGUUACUUUAAACAUGUUAAUACAACACCAGUUACAUUAGAAUUAACCUUGUGUGAAAGGACUGUUUAGAGCUUUACAGCAUAUUGUAUUAAAUCAGCAAAUGAUGAACAUAAUAUAACCUUAAAAACUGCUGUGAUUUUCAAUUCAUUUUAUAACAGUCUGAGUGCAUUUGCUCCAAAGUUAUUAGUGAAAAAACACGUCUGCUGUCCAGAGUUCAUGCUGAAACUGUAAACAACUCCAGGCUAACAAAGUUUUACAAUAUUAAUACAAUUCAACACAAACAAUGUGUUUGGCAUGUCAGACCAUAAACACACUCUCUCUGCCUCCAACUUUUUAUGUACACACCUCUGAGCUGACAUGGUGGAUCAUCACAAUUGCAACCUUGUUUCUCAUGUAUUUUUUUUCACCCCUGCAUUACAUGAAAAUCUGUCAUUCAUACCGGUGGGUAGACCUUAAGUUCACACACUUGCUGACUUGAAACUUCUCACCCUAUCAGGUACUUUCCUUUUGGUAUUGUGUUCCUGGUGGCCGGUAAGAUCCUGGAGAUGAGUGAUCCUUCAGCCAUGGGAAAGAAGCUGGGCUUUUAUGCCAUCACUGUGGUGUUUGGACUUGUUUUACACGGCUUGUUCAUCCUACCUGCCAUGUACUUCUUCAUCACCAAAAAGAGCCCCAUAGUUUACAUACGGGGAAUCCUGCAAGCCCUGCUCAUUGCCCUGGCAACCUCCUCAAGGUAUGGCAAAUGAGUUAUCUUGAUGAGCUUGAUUUAAGAGUUUGUUUAUACUCAAGGGUUGAAAAGAAAUGUAAUAAUAAUAAUGAUCAUAAUAAUUUGUUUUCAUUUGUGCAUCAAAAUAAUAUGUGUACAGAGUCCUAGCAGCACAUUCAAUUUCAUAUUCAAUGUAUCCACUGGAACAUGGGGAACAUCACCAUGAAGAGCCUUAGAGGAAUGUUGGCACAUCAGAAAAAACAUCUGGUGUGUGCUGGAAGAGAUGUAAAGGAGCAUUCCAUGCAUUUAAUUUGCUUGGCACUUAUCCAUUUCGGCGUGUAUGUGUGUGUUCGGAUCUGCAUGUGUGCAUGCAUGUUUCUGACACUUAAAGGUGUUGCUACUCUUAUAAAACUGCCUCAUGAAUUUAAAUGAGAAGGCCAGUGUUAUUGCAUGUUUCUGCCUUUUUCACAUUAGCAGACCUUAUGCAUUCAAAUCCAUUUCAGCCCAUGCAGAAAUAAAUGAAAACCAGUAAGAGCCUGAAGGUAGGAAAGCAACAACUCCAAAUCUAAAACACCACAUUGUCUUUUGGAAAAUGCUCCUCAGCUAUUUGAUCAAUCAGAAAAUAAGUUCAAAAUUCAAUAUAUUUGGACAUUUUGAUGGUCAAGCAUGAAAUGGAUCCUUGAGUCAGACUAGUGAAGGCACAGUGUAGAUCACACUAUGUACUGUUUUCUUCUGCCAAACCAGAGUUUGCUGUUGUGGCAGCACUGUUUGAAUCUGUUUUCAUAUACAGAUGUUCAUGUAGAGCACUUGAACUGGUUUUGUUUGAAGAUCUUUUUGAUCAUGUUUAAACACCAAUGUGUACAAAUAAAUAUGUACAUCAUCAACUGAUAAAGAGAGACGUGCAUUUUGAAUUCGCUGAUUGAUUCAUGUUUUCCUUUUGGACAUAAAAAAAAAUUAAGUAAAAAAAGAAAAUGGUAAAAAAUACAAACCAUGACAAAAAGUCAAUCAGUUCUAUCAGCACAUCCCGUAAUAUUUUGAUUUAGAUGUGCAAAAGUUGUAGAAAGAAGUGAAAUCUUUUUAAUGUAUAUAAAAAGCAUACCCAUAAAUACAUAACAACCAUGUGUCCUUGCUCAUAGUGGUGAUAAAAACUCAGAAACAUGGGCAGAAGCCUCAAAUGUGAUUAAAAGUGUAGAUCUGCUAAAAUAGGGGUGAUAUGGGAACAUUUGUCAGCUCUGGUUAAAAACCCAGCAGCUGCAUUUUGAACUGUCUGAAGGCGGUGGAUUGGUCUCUAAGUAAGAUAUGUAGAGAAAAUUACAUUUUUUAAUGUUUUUAUUUUAUUUUUUUUUUAUCUAACCUUUAUUUAACCAGGAAAAAAAAACUCAUUGAGCUUAAAAAUCUCUUUUGCAAGAGUGUCCUGGACAAGACAGCAGCAUGUUCAACAGUUGUACACAAACUCACACAGUCAUCAAACACAUAAACAAGACUUAGAUAUAUAAGAAGGUAAAGGACAUAGAUCCAGACAGCAUACUCCACUAGGUAAAGCACAUCAGUCUAAACAUCUGCAGCUAAAUAUGUCCACCUCCAAGUCCCACACCAAUAAUCUAGGAGGUGAGAGGAUUUCAAAGUAUGAAUGAGUUUCUCAAGAUCUUUUGACGACUUCAGUGACCUGAGCUUUGCUUUCUUUCUGCGCUGAUGAAAAGAGGACUGCAGAUCUUUUUUCACCUGUGGCUCAAAACAAAAGUCAUGAUCAAAACUCACACUGAGGUUCUUGGCUGAGAGCUUCACAAAGUGAGACAAUUGACCCACAUUUGAAAUAAUGACUCUUUUAUUUUGAUCUUUAUUUUUCAAGGGAGGCCAAACCCCAUAUUUGUUAUGAACACUAUAUUUACAAAUAAUACAGCCAAUGAAAAAAAAACAUCAUUAUUGGAUUUACAUGUCUUUAAAAAAAUGAGACUUUGAUUAUGGCUCAGCUUUUGUCAAAUCUGUGAUUCUUCUCUCUGUUUCUCUGUCUUGUCCUGUCCUCCUCAGCUCCGCCACAUUGCCUAUAACCUUCAAGUGCCUGUUAGAGAAUAACCACAUUGACCGCCGCAUCAUCCGUUUUGUGCUCCCUGUGGGUGCCACCAUCAACAUGGACGGCACCGCUCUCUAUGAGGCUGUGGCAGCAAUAUUUAUUGCCCAAGUUAACAAUUAUGAGCUGGACUUUGGCCAGAUCAUCACCAUCAGGUCAGUGGACAGUGCUAUAUGCCAUCUGUGCCUUUAAGCUCAUUAUGGCAGCGAGGAUAUCAUUGGAGACUAUUAGUGGGAAUAUAGAGCAAUAUGAUACCAACAAUAAUAAAUCCUCUUCACUGAUAACAGAAAUGCAUUAAGCCACAUUUAACCCAAAUAUCUGCAAUGUCACCUGUUCUUCAAAAACUGGUAUGGGAUUAAAAAAAAGGGGGGGGGCUGAAGAAUUGAUUCAGUGGCGCUAUUUGCUUCAUAACAAAGAAAAUAGCUAAGUGCAUCUUAAUGACUGAAAACUUAAAGCAUUGUCUUACUUCUAAAUUUCAAAAAUAUAAGAAAACAGAAAUCACCUCCUCAUCAAGAAUGAAGGCUGUCAAAAUGGGCUUAAAUGACAUUCAAAUAUGCCCCUAAAACAAUGUCAUUGGUUUAAACCACUCAAAUACCGCCAUCUGUUGUUUAGUUAAUGAUGUCUUUGUUUAUCUGAAAUUGUGCUGAGAGACAAUAGGCUCUAUUUUCGUGUCCGCGCAGUGGUAUUUUUGUCUGGCGGAGCCCGGCGUACAGCAAGUUUGGUAUUUUCAUGGACUGAGGCGCGAGGCAGGGGGAGGUGUCGACAGGAACAGCUGACGCAGUGACGUUUUCGUGCUCACCAGUGGCGUAUAAAGUGCGCUGAAAGCUCGCUGAAUUCAAACCUGGUCAGCUUUCAGCGCAGGUGGAGCGCAGCUGAAUUUGGUAGACCUGCGGCGUAUCAGCAUAUGUUACUGAUGCCUCACCGGCAGGUUUCCACAGUGUCAGGCACAUUUCAGUGCAAUAAAUAAUCAACAACAACUAAUGAUCUGAGUCAGCACAUACAUUUAGAUAGAUAUAUUCUGAUCUAUAUCUGAUCUGAUGAGCGCGUUUGGCACGCGUUUGGACACACAACCUGACCGAAUCAACACAGCUGAAACCGCAUUCAAUUAAAUUAAAUAUCUAGUAAAUAAACACACAUAAUGAAGUUAACAAGAUACGUAAUUCGUCUCCCUCCCUUUCUUUCUUCCUCUUAUUUCUUGCGUAGCUCGACCUGGACAUGUCUCUGUGUCCUCUCCCUGUCCUGCUGCAGCUGCUGAACAGAUGAUUGGUUUCAGUGAUCAGAUGAGUUAUUUACUUUAAGCCUACAUACAACUAUUAUAAUAUUCAGUUUUGUGAGCCAAAUUUAUUUUAUAUGCCAACAUCUAUGAGAGAAACAGCCAGGCCACAGAGCGCAAUGCGUCAUUUACGCACAGAUGGUUCCGAUUUUAAUGCCAUCAUUGGAAUUUAUGUUGUGAUCAGUGCGCACAACCCACCUUUGUCACGUGAGGUUUGAAUAUAUGCAACUUUAUGUGAGUGUCUUUAUUUGUGGAAAAGGGUGUUUGUCUUACUAGUGGGUCCAACCUUACACACACCAAAUCCAUCUGUGCUUAUAUGAGACAGUGUGGAGGACACUCUUUACAGCAACACUUGUUGAGGAGCUGCCUUCUGUCGCCAUCGUGUGAAGGAGAGUGAGUGAGUUGUGUUUAGUCUCUUUGCUAAAGAAAUUCGGCAAAGCUAAAAAGAUGUUUGAUGGCUAGUGCUAUGUCUGGGACCCUAUACAGUGCAUCCGGAAAGUAUUCAUACCACUUCCAUUUUCCACAUUUUGUUAUGUUACAGCCUUAUUCUAAAAUGGAUUAAAUUCCUUUUUUCCCUCAAAAUUCUACACAAAGUACCCCAUAAAGACAAAGCAAAAAACUUUUUUCGGAACAUUUUGGAAAUUUAUUAAAAAUCAGACACUCAAAUGUUGCAUAUACAUAAGUAUUCACACCCUUUGCCAUAAAACUCAAAAUUGAACUCAGGUGCAUCUUGUUUCCACUGAUCAGCCUUGAAAUGUUCCUCUGACUUGAUUGCAGUCCACCUGUGGCAAAUUCAGCUGAUUGGACAUGAUUUGGAAAGCCACACCUGUCUAUAUAAGAUCCCACAGCUGACAGAGCACGUCAGAGCACAAACCAAGACAUGAAGUCGCAAGAAUUGUCUGAAGACCUCCGAAACAGGGUUGUAUCGGCAGCUCCCCAAAUCCAGUUGUGCCAAGCUUGUUGCAUCAUACACAAGAAGACUGGAGGCUGUAAUCGCUGCCAAAGGUGCUUUGACCUAGUAUUGAGUAAAGGGUGUGAAUACUUAUGUAUAUGCAACAUUUGAGUGUCUUAUUUUUAAUAAAUUUGCAAAAUGUUCAAAAAAAAGUUUUUUGAUUUGUCAUUAUGGGGUAUUUUGUGUAGAAUUUUGAGGGAAAAAGGGAAUUUAAUCCAUUUUGGAAUAAGGCUAUAACAUAACAAAAUGUGGAAAAAGUGAAGUGGUAUGAAUACUUUCUGGAUGCACUGUAUGUACUGCUGAUGAAGUUAGGUGCUGUUCUGAGCAUUAUUUGUGGCUAUAGAGUGGAAUUUUGGUUGAGGUUUGUUUAUGGCUCCUGGGACCACUGUGUAUUGCUACCCUGCGGUUGUUACUAAAGUUGAUAUAACUAGAGAAGCAAGCAGUUGGCAACAUUUGUCUCUCAUGGAGUGUCUAACUCUGUGUUAUGGUGUGUUUGACCAUAACUUAAAUUUAUGCUGGAAUAUCCCUUUAACAUGUCAUUUUGGGGCCUUUUUUUUUUCAUAAUAUCAAAGAAGACAAUUGAAUCUCAUUGUUUUAGAUCCACUGUUCAGCAUGCAUUACGAAAUACUGAGUCCUGAGUACUACGAAGCUGGAUUUGGUCUUUGCGAGAUAACUUCUGGAUUUUCGGUACUACGAAGGUGGAUCUCUUUUUAUCCGGGUCCGUUGCCCCGGUAACUUACGCGGAACGCCAAACCUGCUCCGGAGCAGGUUAUGUUUCAGGAUAAGAUCUCAGCAGGUAUAAAAGACCGCCCACUGACCAAUCGGAUCUCUUGGAAAAUGGCUUGCCCACUUUUGCCGGAUCCCGGGGACAUCGUUUCAUGGAUAGUGAGAGGAGCGCUUUGCCGAGAGCGUUAUAUUCAUGAUCGUUCAAAUCCAUUUGAUUUACCUGAUGACGUUCUCUAUGAACGUUACAGGUUUUCCUUGAAUGGCCUCAGUAUUCAGGUAGCAGGAAGUCUAAGCAAUGCACUAAUAUUUGCCAAGCUCCAGGUUCCAAUUUCAUGCGGCAUAUCAUUCAGAAUUUAUUGAAGCAGAUUAGCAAACUCUUAACCCCAAAUGUGUCUGCAGAUGACGUGACCAUCAGAUGAAAAAAAGGCAGUGUGAAAAAAAAUCUUCCAAUAAACUUACAAACUACUUUAAAGGAUGUUUUUUAGAUUUAUUUUUAUUUGCUCCCACGUACUCUUUUCCCCACUGCUGUUGUAUCUGAAAUAAUGAGGUCAAUGAUGGAGGUGAUCACACACGACAACAUGCUGCAUGACAACAUAUUAGGGGGCCAUAAAUUUAUGAACGCACAUGUGUAAUUUACACAACCGGUGAUUUUUUUUGCCAGCAAUCACUCCAGCUUCUAGCGGCUGUGGCUGUCCUGCUCCUCACUGUUAUAAUGUUGCGGUACUCCUCGUAAAAUAAUGCUCUGUUCUUCAGCUGUGAAAAAUGACGUGCAGCCUUCACCAUUGAGGAGAUUGGUCCGGUGGCACUGACCCCACCCCCUUUACGUGUGCGCGCACAGAUCUGAAGUGGCCACACCUGGAUUCAGUUAUCGAGUUGAUAACCGGCUUCGUGGUACAGCUGAUCGGGAUCACGAAGAUCCGGUGAAGUCAAGCGAGUUGUCGCAGAGUUACCCUGGAUGUGUUAAUCCAGCUUCGUAGUACAGGCCUCUGUUCUCAAUGUGCCAAAGACAAAACAAAGCAUGCAGGGCUGAGCUUAUGCAGUCUCCAUUCAAGUCCAGAGGACAUCCUGCUUUUUAUCAAGCAGUCAAAGAAAAGUCAGGCAACACAUCAAAGGUCACUGAUGAGUAACCAAGCCCAUGUUUCAGAUAUUUCAGGGCUGUGUAUUUUAGCUGAAAAUCGUUGAGAAAGAGCCUUUGAAGCCCAUGAAUUGACUUUAGUGCAGGAGAAAACCUUUGAACAGGUCUCAGCUCUAGAAAUGUGAUCAGUACAGAGCACACAGGCAUGGCUAUUAGUGGAAUUAUCUUGAAAUUGAGGCACAUAAAAGCAAUAUCAAUGAAUACCUCACUGGAGGCAGGCUGACCGUUUUAGAAACCACAGCUUUAAAAAUGAGGGCACUCUUCAUCUGGAGGAUGCUCCACACAAACACCACAGAACUGUGCAAUGUGAUCACUUUUAUUCUGGAUCAGUUCGAAGAAGAGAGAGCUGAAAAAAAUAACACAACCUAAGGCAAUACCUCUUCUUGCACCAAAUUAUUUGAGGUUGCUGAAUUUUCCAAACAAAUGUGUUCGUACAUGUGUACAAUUUCCAUGAGUGAAAUGUUCAAACUAGCUUUUUUAUAUAUAUAUUUUUUAACCUACUUUAAGACAGAGCCAAAAAACCAAAGACCAUAAAUCAACUGUCCAUUUGAGUGUAAUAUCGAGUCCAGCCAAAUUAAGGGAAAAUCUGCACAAAGGUGCAGUUGUGCAUUACAUGACAUAGAUUCCUAUUUCCAUCCACUGCAGUAAUUCAGUUCUCAGUAGGAAGCACUGUAAAGCACUAAAGAUGUUAACUGUCCUGUCAAAUCAACAAAGUAGCAAGUGACAAGAGCCUCUCUGCAAAAGCAACAGUAUAUAAUGUUUUCUCCCAAUGGUAGACACAGCAACAGAGACCUACACUGUGAUUGCAAUGUUUGCAUUGACAUCAGUGCUGACUAUAAGCAAUGUGACCGAUUAGUGGUAUUUUGAAAUAAUAAGUUUGGUUUGUAAAUUAGCACAUUCAUUCAUUUCAUAUCUUGUCAUUCGGUGAAAGUGCACUAAAGUGGUUACAAUUUUGAUCACAGUAGUGUUUGUUGUUUACACAAUUUAUCAAAAAUCUUCUGUUUUAUGUAUUUAUAUAUAUAUAUAUUUGUUUUACAACAACUGGACAUCAUGACAAACAGCUUAUCCCACUAAAAAGAGCCACUUGGCGGUGAUAAAGCAUCCAACGCAUGCAUCCAACUCACUAACACCAGACCCCCACCCUCACACAAGAAAAAGGCUCUGAUGAGGGGUGGAGUCAGCACAUCCUUGACCUCUGGAUAUGCUUUGGAUAUGAGAUGUAUGCAAACAUGAAGCUUACCCCCCACACCAGCUCUGCUGAUGGGCACUCAUCUCAUUAACAUCAACAUGAAAUCAGUCUGUGGUCUGAAAGUCACCAUAGAGACACUGCUAGUUAACUCUGCUGUAAACAAAUUGAGCCAGACAGCCAGACUCUUUUAUUUUGUUGGAAGCUAAUUAAAAAUGAGAGACUUGGUUAAUUAAAUUCAAAGUGACUGUGUUCAACUUUAUCUUUCAAUUCUCAUUGCAAGGAAUUGCUGCCACCUUCAUUCUGCAGGCUUCAGAUCAAUUAGUGAUUUUCUGAUUCUGUGAGAAGACUAUAUACCUGUGGAGGGUUUAGUUUAGUUUGAAGCCAAUUAUAAAUGGACAUAGCCAGUUAUAAAAGGUUCAAAUGUAAACAGUAUAAUGACUGUUGAUUAGCUGGAUUAGGCGUAUCUUCAUUAUCCAGUAUGCUCAAGUAGUUUUUGUAAAUGUAAUAUUUAAACUUAACUUAGUGUCAAUCUGUGCUCAUUUUCUUGCAAGUUUAAGACUUUUAUCCAAACCCCGACUGAGAGACAUGAUCAUGAUUGUCUCGUUUGAAAUUUAUCAAAGCCCACAGAGCUUAAUUUUUGACUGAUUGCUUCAAGGUUGCUGCUGGUAAGAGAAUGUUUCUUGCACAUGCAUGAAUGUUUUUUAUGCUGCAUGAUUUCUUGUGCUGUUUGAUGCAGUAAGUGAGAAAGACAGAGACAACUACCCUCCAUCAUAAUGCAAUAUAUACUUGUUGACAACAAACUUUGACAAAGAGCACUGUGUGCCUUAUUGCCGUCCUUCCAUUUUGUCACUUUUUUAUUUUAUUUAACUUAGUUUUAUUUCUGGUCUGCUUCAUCAUCUCAUCAAAGUUGUGCACACUGACUGCCACAAGGCCACAGGGGGAGUCUUGAGCAGUUUCCAGGGUGUUGAGCAUUAGGCUGGCUGAGCUCUGAACAGAAGGCUCCAUUGUUAUCAAAACUAGUGCAGAAGCUGUUGUCACCAGAAUAUGCAGAAUAUGUCUUCGUAAAGCUGAUGUUUUAGCAAACAUGCACACAUUCAAAUGUAAGACAAUUAUCAGGACACUAAUCAUGUUAUAGUGGCUUCAUGAUCUAGGCUGCUGCUAUGUCUUGAAACAGCUACAGAUCACCAAAUUUAGGAAAGGUUUUAUCCUGUAGAGUCACUUUAACUCAGGUGAAUAAUAAUGAAUCUGACUCAGUUUAGCAAAAAGUGAGGAACUGUCAAAAGCAGUGUAAAAGGUAUCACUUAAUCUUAAGCAAAUGAAUUCAAUAAGAAGCCACAAAAGUCAGUCUGUGUUACCUUUUGUGACAUUUGGCCUUUUCUGAUAUACAAUCAAAACAACUAUCAAGGGUUAGAGGACAUUAUUUCUUUCCUAUGCUACCACUCAGAUGUAUAACAAAGAGCCAAGGGUGGCUAUAGGGAAUAAAGUGAAUAUAGUCUUCUAUCACUGCAAGAGUGUGAAUCGCAGGGCAAAAUAUGUAGACAGUAAUAAAUCCACUGUGAUAUUAAACGAUACAAUAUGAUAUUCAAAUUGUAUCCAUAAGGAUCCAUGGAUUACUUAAGAUUUAUACACUUGAUCUGGUUCAAGUUGUCUGUGAUCUGUCUUACCUUUUUUUUUUCCUCAGGCAAACAACCUCAGCAUAGAUCAAGAAAUUUAAAUCAAGGGUGUUUUGGCUGAUCUAGAUCAUAAGACUCCCACAUGGCUCUUCAUUGCAGUGAUCGACUACAAAAGAUUUCUUUCAGAGCCAUGUCCUUUGCAAUUGUCACAUUAUAGGCCUGAUGAGUAUUUUUGAAUAAAUGUUCAUGUCUCAAGUGAAUAAAAAAAAAAGUAUUGCUGGAAAUUGAUGAGUAAUGAUAUUAGUAUCCAAUUACUUCUGCUCAUAAAUGACCAUUAUAAAAAGUUUUUUUCUCCAUGUUGAGUUACGUAGGUCUUGUUUUGAGUUUUUUUCUGUCAUCAUGCUUCUUAAACUUCCAGUAUCACAGCCACAGCAGCCAGUAUCGGCGCUGCAGGUAUCCCACAGGCUGGGCUGGUCACCAUGGUGAUAGUACUAACAUCUGUCGGGCUACCAACUGAUGAUAUCACUCUCAUCAUUGCAGUGGAUUGGGCAUUGUAAGUAGUCUGAAACAAACUUAUACCUUAGAAAAAUACACCUGAGCCCUGUCGUCUUCAUUUUCAUUUAAUCAUAAAUAUCUGAGGAUUCUGACUCAUUCGUUUUCUCAAAUGUCUUUCUCCUUACAGAGACAGAUUCCGUACAAUGGUGAAUGUGAUGGGAGAUGCUUUGGCCACAGGUAUCAUGGCUCACAUCUGCCGGAAAGACUUCAUGAAAGAGGGCGAUGGGGUGAGUCUUUUGUGCUGCCUUAUGACUAGAAAAGCAUUUUUCUGUACAAUAAGUAACUAAAGUGAGACUUGAACAAUUUUCCAAAAACAUUUUCAAAGGAACUUUGUUGUCAUGGAGGAUCUUUUUAGAUGCCUCAAGUUCAGUAAAAAAUAAGGGUAAAUCAAGCUUUCACUUGCCUUUGUUUACAAGGGCAUCAUCAAUGGUGUGGCAAGUUCAAACAGAGGGCUGCUGUUGACUCAAGCACAUCAAAAGUUUCCACUGUUUCUGAUGCCUUUGUCUUUGAACUACCAAAAGAAAACUAAAGAGCUACUUUCUAAGUCAAACAGAAUCAGCAGAGUACUGAGCAUAAAGAUGAGCAGUGAAAUCUGAGUCUGGACUGUGGCCAUGUCUCAAAACCAGAGAAACACAUUCUGGGAUUAUGCCGCCAUCCAGGUAUCUCAUGUUAUAAGACUUAGGGCACUAUUUUCGUGCCCGCCGGCAGCGCGGCGGAGGGUGAUCCCUGGUAAGGGGAGGUGUCGACAGAAUCGGCUGGUGCAUUGACAUUUUUGUGCUCGCCGGCGGCGUGGGAAGUGCGCUGCACCUCACCAUAAAACCUGGUCGGCUUUAAGCGCAGGCGGAGCGCUGCUGGUCUAGUGGUUUUUUGGUGGACCAGCGGCAUAGUGCGCAUAUGGCACCGAUGCCUCACAGGCAGGUUUCCACAGUGUCAGGCACAUUUCAGUGCAAUAGAUAAUCAACAACAACUAAUAAUCUGAGUCAGCACAUACAUUUAGAUCUAUAUAUUCUCUAUAUUCUCUGAUCUACAUCUGAUUUGAUGAAGUUAACAAGAUAUGUAAUUCGUCUCCGUCCUUUUCUUUCUUCCUCUUCCUCUUAUUUCUCGCGCAGCUCGACCUGGACAUGUCUCCGUGUCUUCUCCCCGUCCUGCUGCUGCGGCGGCUGAACAGAUGAUUUAUUUUAGUGAUCAGAUGAGUUAUUUACUUUAAGCCUACAUACGAAGAUUAUAAUAUCCAGUUGCGUGAGUCAAAUUUAUUUUAUAUGCCUACAUCUAUGAAAGAAAGAGCCAGACCACGAAGCGCAAUGCGUCCUUUACGCACAGAUGGUUCUGAUUUUAAUGCCAUCAUUGGAGUUUAUGUUGUGGUUUGUGCACACAACCCACCUUUGUCACGUGGGGUUUAAAUAUAUGCAACUUUAUGUGAUUGUCUUUAUUUGUGGAAAAGGGUGUUUGUCCAACCUUACACACAUCAAAUCCACUUGUGCUUAUAUGAGACAGUGUAGAGGACGCCCUCUGCAGCGUUUACAGCGACACUUGUUGAGGAGCUGCCUUCUGUUGCCAUCGUGUGGCAUUACUGUCUUCAGACAUCUCUUGAUCUCUUUGACUACUUCACAAAAAUUGUAAUACACCUCGCCGGUGGCGGAUUAAAGGUGAGGAGAGGCGCUGAUCUGAUUGGUGAAAGCAGGUCUCGGCUGUGUUAAACCCACUCCACGCCCUCUCUACAACUUAUGCUGCUGGGAGGAGCUGAGUUAGGGAGGGGGGAUACUUACGCCGGGCUGCGCUGCUCACCAAAGUAUCAAAAUGUGCUUGGGCACGCCUUGUCGGCGCGGCACACCUGACUUAUGCCGCGCCACAGGCAGGAAUGAAAAUAAAGCCCUUAGGGUCCAGCACUGAAACACUAUCUAAAUGUAUGAAUUAGCUCAAAAUGUCUCAAAAUUGAAAUUCUAGUAGUCAGUAAGCCUUUGCCCAGCUCCUUUUAUCAUGUUGCAUCCUUUUUCACAGCCUGUUUCCUUUUCCCUUAUCUGUGACUCUUUUGGUUCCCCUACAGGUGCCUUUAAUUUGUGAGCCCAAACCUGUCAAUAGCCCCCCACCUCUGAUGAACUGCCACAACAACAAUGGAAAUUUCCGGCCCCUGUCCUCAGGGGGCAAACAUGACCUUAUCCCCUCUGAUGUGGCACGGCUGAUGCAGCUGGAGGAGGGCGUUCGGCCACAGAAUGAGAGGAGGAAGCCUCCAAUUCCCCCGCGACACCUGAAGAAGAGCAAAGAACACUGCACUGUAGACAUGAAUGGCCUUGAGACCAACGUAUAGCCUCUGCUUGAAGUUUUACGGAUUGUCUGAUAUGCUGGUCAGUAUCUGGGCAGGCAAGAGCUCAGCAUCACUUGCUUGGUUUGUCAGCUUGUUAUAG